AUGGCAGCAGGCACCAAUCCACAAGUGAGCCUGUUUAUAUAUUUCUUCCAGAGGAAGCGUAGGGGAACAGGUGAGAGUUGUGCUUCAGACUUUCCUUCCACAUGCACUGUGGAAAAAAAUGCCUUCUGAGGUGCCUGCCAACCUCAGGAUGGUGCUUAUGGGGCCAAUUCACACAAUAUACAGCAGCAAGCAUAGCAGGAAGCUGCAGCCAGCUCUUGGAAGCAAUGCACCUCCUUGGGACACAUGUUUUCAAACAUCAGUUGCAUCCACACAUAACAUGCCCAGGGAGCAAUAGGUCUCACACUUCUGUUAUUGGGCCAAAUGGCAGUUUCUACUUGGUGGUUUCAAGUUCCAGUUGGAAUGCCCGGCUCCGGCUUCUGCUUUCCACACCAUUUCCCUGUAACAUCAAAAUGGUGAGAUCCCCCAAGACUGAAAUUAUGUCACUUUAGAUAUUACCCCAGAGUACCAGCUCAGUUGGGCUCCCCUUUUGCCUGUGCCUUUAUAAUAUCUGAGCAGGUUUCGAGUUGCUGGUAUAGAGGGAAUGAUGUGUAGCACCAUCCCUGACCCCAGCAUGGCACACAAACCCAAACUUACGAGUUUGGUGCAUGUAAGGCCUUAGCAGGAAGCCUGCUAGAUGAAAUAAGGAGCUACUCUGCCAAUCGUUCCCCUUUGUGAAAAGCAGCAUUCUGGUGAAUGUUUCUGCUGCCACUGAAAGGAGUGAGCAAAUGCAAAUCAUAAUGGCACCUGAACAUGGGGUAAAUUGAACAGAAUUUUAUGGAGAGAACAGGGACACUUGCCAGUGAAAAUGACAUGUGUGUGUUUAUAAUCUGCAAUUCCAUCCUACCUUGACUGCUAGGUGCAUUCUCAGAACCCCAGCUCUCUCUGUGGUCACAUCCACACAAUACAUUUCCAGCACAUUUAAACACACAUUUAAAGCACUUGGCUCUCCACCCCCCAAGCCAGAAAAUAUGGGAACUGUUAAGGGUGUUGGGAACUAUAGCUCUGCGAGAAAUAGGCUGUGGUUCUCAGGAUUCUUUGAGCAAAGCCUAGUGCUCUAAAUGUGUGUUUAAAUGUAUGGUACGGAUGUGACCUGUAGAUGCUUUGUAUAUGUAAGCUGUGUACAUAGGAAUGGAGGAGUGAAUGUUGUUUAUUCUCCCCAGCACCCAUCUUGGUCUCUAAUGCUUACUAAUACUCCCAGUCUUUUGGUUACUAAUGCUCUGACAUUCUGAUGGGAAACAAUUGCAGGAGAGGGGAUUUUUAAUGCUUCUUCUGCAGAUAUAUGGCUUGUGGCUAGGUGACAGUUACUAUAAAUAUAGUACCACAGAUAGGCCAAGGAUUUGAGUGAGGAGAAAUACUUUACGUCGGUGCCUUUAUUUUUAAACAGUGUUGCUGUUGUUGUUGUUGUUGUCAGGUUCUUCUUUUUUUAAAAAAAAACAUUCCAUCCCAUUGUUACAUUCUACGUCUUCUGUCUUUUACAAGUCGAGAGAGCUAGCUGCAGACAUCUGCAAAUAAGUCACUGGGAAACAGAUGUUGUGGGUAAUCCGGAUCAAGAACAUCAGAUUAAAAUGUGUAAUAAUGCAUCCCAUCAAAUAUGCUGUGCACUAACCAUUUUCCUGCUUCAAGUCUGAGAAAAAAAGCGACUCUCUGGAAGAGGGUGGGGUGGGGAGGAGGAAGAGUGGCUUUCCCUUCUUUUAGUUCCCUUUCUGCCCUGCCCAUCCUGCUAAGGAAUGGAUUUCUGACCUAGCAACAUUGUCUUCUGUAGCUGUCCUUCGUUAGCAAGACACUGUAACAAAAAGAAAAGAGCUAACAGAAAAAGAAUGUAGGCCACGGCCUCCCAUUUAUGACAGCUUGAUCAUAGGAACAAAGGGGUUUGCCUCAUAUGCAGUCAGGCCAUCAGGCCAUCUGGCUCAGUAUAAUCUAUACCAAGGUUUCUCCAGCUGUUUUUUGGACUACAGUUCCCAUCAUCCAUGACCACUUGUCCUGCCAGCUAGGGAUGAUGGGAGUUGUAGUCCAAAGACAGCUGGAGACCCAAGUUUGGGAGAGCCUGGUCUACAUUACCUGGCAGCAACUUCCCAGAAUUUUAUUCAGGAGUGUCUUCCAGCUGUGCCUAGAGAUGCUGAGGGCCAAACCUGGGUCCUUCUGCAAGCAAAGCAGAUGCUCUCCCACUGAGCUGCAAUCUUUCUCUGAGAUUUAUAUUGUCUUGAGAGUCCUAGGUAUUACUGGAAACCUAGGGCAUCUUUCACAAACUGCUGAGAGAGUGAUGGCACAGAAGUGAUUAGCUCCAUAACAUGCUGCUUAGAGGGGACCAAGUCAAGGAGAAGUAAACUCUACAGUGGACUUGACCGCAACAAAAAAAUUAAGUCGAACUUCCUUGUUAUGUGACUAUAUUACUAACUGCUUUGUUAUCUGCUGAAAGGGGGCUCAUGCUUGUCUAUGUCUAGGGUUGCCAUGUGACCCAAAUCACCACAUUUUGCUUGCGUUGUACCGCCUAUCUGGGACGCUAUCUGGCCCAGAGUCUCAGUAUGCACUUAAAAUAAAAGCUCUUGCAGAUUUGGAGAUAGGAGCAAAAAUGUGAAAGCUGUGUUGUGCCCUGUCAAAACAAGCCUGCUCCUGCCUCUGAGCACACACGCAUGUAACUGCUAGUUGCCCAUUAAUUGGGUAUAGACCCAUGUGAUACAGGAGCAACCGCAUCAGAGACAAUGGGACACAUCGUCUGGCUGCAUCUCUCCCCCAAACGCUUCACUGUUGUCAGAGAAGAAUGCCUAAGCAGAUCCUGGCAGGAGCCAAUAGGCAGGUGAAUGAGACGCUUCCUCUGAACCCUUCUCCAACUUUUUGAGGUGGUUGCCAAGGGCAGGCACAAAGCAACUGGUAGGCAGUGCAACAAUGAAUGUGCCCAGUUUGCAUUAUUAGCAAGUGAUUUGCAUAAUACGCAAAGCUCAUUGCCCAGUUCUGGGCAAAAGCACUUGUUAGCCUUCUUCCAGCGCUCCCAGUUUCUUUCUUUCGCAAAGGGUAGGUACCUUAAGAAACUGAUUCUGGGAAGACAGGACUAUUUCUCAAGCCCGCUUCUUGCUCCAUCUCAGUCUGGUAUUGGUUUUGCAGUGCAUUGUGUCUGGCGGCGUUGCGUUUCUCCAUCCCAUCCUGGAAAACUCAUGGCACCAGGGUGAUGGCGAAGUCAAAACCAUUGCAAAGAGGGGAAAGCAUGGGAGUGUGCAAAUGCCUCUGCAGAGGAGGUAACCUGGCAGAAGGGAGUGUUGCACUUUUUGUCCUUUAGAGCUGGUCGCUGAACAUGUUAGUGAGGCAAGAAGGGGCUUGUCAUCACAGAGAAAGCUCCCAAAUCACCAGAAGUAGAAGGAAGCUCUGAGCUGUGUUGUCUUUUGAUACGUGUCAUGUAUUGAGCUACUUUCUCCUUCCCUCACUCCUGGCUCCCUGCUUCUCAUCUGUUGCGCUCUCUCUCUCUUUCAUUUCCUUUCUCCACCCCUCAGAGCAGCCCUGAAGGAGAUGCCCCGCUUUCUCUAUCUCUCUUUUCUUUUCUAUGACACCCCUUGCUGAGGGAAUUGUCCCGUGUGCUGAAUAGGGCCAGGCAAAAGGGGGACGGAGGCCCUGACCCAUGGAUGCUAGCCAUGCAAAAACACAGUGUAGGGCAAAACAAUCAGCACUUCACAGCUACAGAGGGCCUUUGUCAUCCUUCAGCUUUCGCUCAAUAGCUGUGCGUGUGAUGAGAGCGAGCCAGUGUGGAAAGAUUUGGUGAGUUGGGGAAGAAGAAUAUAACUUUCUAUUCUUUUUUAUUCUUAUUUUAUCACCUCUCCCCUCCUAACCCCGUUAUUUAUCUGCAAAGAAAUGACGCCAAAAAUUCAGCAAAGGUUAAUAAAAAAAAAAAGACUUCUCCCUUUUUCCGCGGCUUUUCAAAGUUGGGAGAUAGGAAGCCACAUGAAUCCACUUUCUGGUGAUGCCUGAAAACGAGCUCAAUAGCGCGAUCGCAGGGUGUCUGCCGAGUCGUGCAUUAUUAAGUCCCAUACAUUAUUAAGCCCUAGUCAUGUUAGGCAGUCAUUGUUCUAGUCCUGAAGGAAGACAAGGAGAGGGAACAAUUUCUUUUGACUCAGCGGAACAGUUUAUUAUCUUGGAAACUCAAGUUAUUAACCCUAGCACAUGGUGUUGCUUUAUUUCGGCACAAUGAAGAGAGGGGGCCCAUGGCUGUGGUGUAGGGGUCUUUUUUCUGACAGUUGCUGAGAAAUAGAUCUGCUGUGUUUUUGCACUCGGGAUUUAAGUAGGAAAAUCCCACCGAGUUCAAAUAGGGUAGGAACCUGGUGCCACUUGUCUUUCCUUCUAAACUCUGCAUUUGCUUCGAGUCGGAGGUUGUUCAAACACGGCGCUUUCGUUUCAGCUUAGACCGCUAUUCGGCAUUUAGCGUUCAUUAGCUAACCCUAUAAGUUGUUGUCUUGCUAGGGAAGUCCAUUUAUCUCUCCGGCGAAUGGAUGAGCACUGCCAGCAGAGCUACCCGGGGGCAACUUUCUGAGGGCUGGGUGGGGCUAGAGGCUAAAAGGGGUAGGCAACAAAUAUAAAUGUCACCUUUAGUCUCUAUAAAGGUGACUAUAAAGACUCAUGCACUCUUGUCUCUAACUUUCAUCCAGGCAAGCAGGAGGCAUUGUCAGAAUUGAAAGACACAUUCCAGGCAGGCAGAAACACUACGAGUUUGAAGCAGGGCAAGUGAGUACAGUGGUACCUCAGGUUACAGACACUUCAGGUUACAGACUCCGCUAAUCCAGAAAUAGUACCUCGGGUUAAGAACUUUGCUUCAGGAUGAGAACAGAAAUCGUGCUCCGGUGGCGCGGCAGCAGCAGGAGGCCCCAUUAGCUAAAGUGGUGCUUCAGGUUAAGAACAGUUUCAGUUUAAGAAUGGACCUCCCAAACGAAUUAAGUACAUAACCUGAGGUACCACUGUAGUGGAGGGAAAGAGGUCCAAGGGUCGCAUAGGAACACAAGAAUGCUGCAGUACGAUUGCUGACAGGAGUGUAGCACCUGUGCUCAGAGAACUACACUGGUUGCCAUCUGGCUACUGGGUCAAAUUAAAGGUGUUAUUAUUAGCAUAUAAAGCCCUCAACAACUUGGAAGCAGUUUACCUAUGAGAUUGCUUUAACCCACAUGCGUCCACUAUGCACGUGGGUGGAACUGGCACUUCUACAGGUGACACAGACUACCUGCUCUGUGUCUCAUUGGGUGGUAGCACCUACACUUUGGAACCCCCUGCCUAUUGAGAUCAAGCAGGCCACCUUCACAGUACUCUUUUUGGUGCCUGCUAAAAACAUUAUUGUUUAGACAAGCCUUCCUAUAGAAACUUAGAAUUGUAGAGUUGGAAGAUAUCCCAAGGUCCAUCUAGACCAGUGUUUCCCACACUGGGUUUUUGGGACUACGCUUCCCAUCGUCCCUGACCUCUGGGUCCUGUUAGCUAGGGAUGAUGGGAGUUCUAGUCCAAACACAGCUGGAGACCCAAGUUUGGAAAACACUGAUCUAGACCAGGCAUCCCUAACCUUUGGCCCUCCAGAUGUUUUGGCCUACAACUCCCAUGAUCCCUAGCUAACAGACCAGUGGUCAGGGAUGAGGGGAAUUGUAGUCCAAAACAUCUGGAGGGCCAAAGGUUGGGGAUGCCUGGUCUAGACCAACCCCCUGCAAUGCAGGAGUCUUUUGCCCAACAUGGGACUCAAACCCAAAGAACAAGAGCCUCAUGCUGUACCAACUGUCCCCAGAUGCUUAGAAAGUUAAGGUAAUUUUAAUCUCCUUUAGUAUUUUAGCUUUUGCAUGUUUCAAAGUAUGGCUGUGAUUUCCCCCCCCCCCCUGAUUUUAUUGGGGGGCGUUGUAAACUGCUUUGAGGAAAUUUUUUUACAAUCAAGUAGUGUAUAAAUUUUAUGAAACAGGAAAAAAAUAAAAUGUUUGGAGGCAAAGUGACUUAUCAAGUAAAUAAACAAAACAUAAAGUUAGGCCUGAGAACACAGGAUUGCCCUGACAGAGGUGAGGAUGUGUUUUUAUUCUCCCAGAACUGACCCACAAUCAGAUUCCCUGACUGCCACAGGCUUGUGUCCUUGCAGGACUUUGCCCUUCAUUCUUGAUGUCUUUGAUUCGGUACAUAUUUUUGUGUUCAUGCGGUUACACCAUUUUGAGGGUGUGGGGAGAGAGAGAGAGAGAGAGAGAGAGAGAGAGAGAGAGAGAGUUAGUUAGUUCCAAGGGCUGAACGAUGACAAGGCAGACAUUACUUUCUUGGUUAUCUGACUGAAAUUACAGAAUGUUGCGGUGACUUCUUCAGAUCAGGACAGAAGCGCUCUGAAUGAGCGCGUCCCUCUGUGGUCUACAAUACUUGAUAGUGUGUGUCACCUCAAAUAGUUUUAUGGUGUGCGUCUGAAAAAGCACAGGGAGUGAUUGGCGUGUGUGUGUGUGUGUGUGUGUGUGUGUGUGUGUGUAUCAGAAUCUCUCUCAUUCUCCAAGCAUGUUCUUUGCAACCUCAAUUGCCAUAGAAUAGAGCACAAAGAGAACAACACAAGCAGGAGGGCAGAGGUCUAGCCCUCUGUGUGUUUGUGUGAAAGUAUAUCUCAGUGCGUAUAUGUAUGUGUGUCUGUGCACACAUUGGGCGAGGGACAAAGAAAACUUGGUGGGGGCCGGAUUCAUGGAAAGAUUAAAAGGACGAUCCUUUGGAUGAAUUCAGGUUGAAAUUGCAAUUGAUUAUAUUGCAGACUACAUCUCCCCUCCCCCCAAUAUAUUUUCACUGUUGCUGCAUUCCUUAAAGCUUUUUCUCAUGAGAAAUUUCUGCGCUUCCCCAACACUGCACUGCAGGUUCUGCUCUGUGCAGUAUUUUCAGACCAGGCCUACCCAACUCACAACCCACCAGCUAUGUCUUGUGCCGGACUAGGAACUUGACCACAUCCCAGCAGGUAGCAGGCAAGGGCUUUGUAGGGCCAUGGGCAAACGUGACUAAUAGGCUCACUUUGACUUGUUAGGUUGCAAGCUGUGCAGGUGUGGUCUGGGUGCCCUGCACCUGCUCUGCUUUUUGUUUUGUUUUCAUUUUGCCAUCCUUUCCCCCACUCCUUCUGACAAUCUCUCUUCUCCUUCGUGCUACUUCCAAUGUAUUUUAAAAGGCAUGGGCCAAUGGUAUGUUCCCCGCUGAAAAUAACAGGUUGUUGAAUGGGACCCAUAAACUAUCUGCUGUUGGUGGGAGAGACGGAUUCCAUCUCUUCAUAAGGGGUCGCCCACUGUGACAGCUGCUCCCCCCCCAAAAAAAACACACCAUCAGCUUUUGUUUGAUGCCGGAUUUUGUUUUAUUUUUUCCUUCAUGCAAGGCCCCCUUAACAGAGAUUGCUUCUUGCUUUUCCUCCCCCCACCCCCAUGAAGAAAAGCCAAGACCAUCAAUCCCUUUGCCUACAAUGCAACUUGUGUGAAAGAGAAAGAGGCUGUUUUGUGUGCAUUGCAACCCUCCCCCCCCCCCAAAACUCCAAAAUAAUAAAUGGGGUUUUCCCCCCACUGAGAGCAUCAGCUGAGUGGAGAAAAUGCAAGAGGUUUCCCAUGCGGUGGGUGGUCAGGCUGGCUGGAAUGAGCAAGGGUUGGGAACGAGGGGUCUGAAAGGCUGUUUUGAUUACUUAUGAUAAAUGUGCUCUGCGUGUUACUUCCCCCCACCUCCCCUCCCCAAAAAACAUCCUUCGUUCUCCAGCCCAACAUCUCUUUCUCUCCCCCCGCCCGUGAUUCACUUGGACACCAGCUUGCACAACCUGCAAGGCAGAGGCAAUUUUUUCCCCUUGCCCCCGUUGUCACUUCUAUUAUCCAUCUAGUGCUUCAUCUGUUUUACACAGCAUUAUUGGACCAGGCAGUAUUUAGUGUUUUAGGUGUUUGUUUUGGUUUUUUGAAGAAAAAAGGCAGCCAUUGCUGCCUCCUCGAUAACCUUUGGUCAGCUUAAGGUCCUGAGCAGCAGCCAAUUAUUAUUUUGUUUUAACAGGGGCAUGUUUUUAAACGAAAAAGCCUGGGGAGCUGACUGCCCUGUUUGGCAGUGAUUUUUAAUAGCUUUACUAUGAACUGAGCAAGGGCAUGAAGGGCUAAUAGCAUUGGCACAUGCGAAGAGCCCUCCUGAGCCAGCCCAAAGACCCAUUUGGUACAGCCUCCUGUUCUCACAGAUACCUAUAGGAAGCCCCAAAGCACUGCCUCAGUGCAACGUCGCUCUCCCCACUUGUGAGUUCCAGCAACUAGUGUAACAUAGGCAUGUGAUUUCCAACAGUGGAGUGGAACCUAAAUGCCAUGUUCAGUAGACAUUGAUAGCCUUGUCCUCCAUAAGUGAGUCUGAUCCUCUUUUAUCUUCUCACUUUAGAAGACUGGUGCUCAUUCCAGAGCAGAAAUGAUGCCUUAUCCUAAGAGUCCAUGCCAUGCUUUCCAGGGAGCCAUUCUAGAUUCUCAUCAAUCCCUAUUUAGGAGCUUGCUCUCUCUUCCUGUGGUCCAGAGGGAGUUUUGAACAGAUAGAAAUGUUAAGAGAAGGAUCCAGAUCACCAAGAGGGAAGGAAAACCAUAAUUGGAAAUGAACCCACAAGCCCACAAUUUUCUCCAAAUUAAGCUCUGACUCAUCUGUGAUUUUCUCCAUUUGAGAGAGAGAGAGAGAGCACAGAACCCCAACUUCUGAUGACCAAAUAGCCUUAAUUCUAAUCAGCAAAGAAUCAGCAAGUGUCUAGUUGGCUAAAGAAAAUGGCCUUGAUUUCCUUUGGAUUAAUAGUGAGCGUUUGACAUACCCCCGCAGGAGAAUGUUCUUAUUGCCUUGUGCAAAAGUGGAGCAGUCUGUCACCUACUUCUUUUUUCUUUUCCUGCUAGGCGAAACAAGUGAGCAGGCUAUUUCAAGUGACUUUCUGCAGCCAUAUUUCAUGGCAGUGUGUGCUGGUUUUAGUCCUUUUGUGGGGUAGCAUCAACAUGCAGGAAGCUGUCGCAUUUUGAAGGCGAGUCAGGACUUGGAGAUAAAAUUAUUUAAGGAAAAUUCUACAUUUUUUCCUGAUAGCUAUGUGAAUAAACUCUUGUUUGCAAAUGGACCUCCUCUCUUCCACAGGUCUCAGGAGAGUAUUCAUGAGUGUCAAGGAAUAGGUGCAAGAAGGAACAGCCCACACAAACACCAUAAACUAUAGUCUCUAGAUUACCAGUUUUCUUUCUUUCUUUCUUUCUUUCUUUCUUUCUUUCGGAAGCAUUUAGCCCUUGUAGAACCCAAUAUAUGUGGCAAAAUAUGGAGGCACUCUUCCGCUCAUUUGUUUGUGAGAAACCAGCUUGCUCCUGCCUUUCAGUGUGUUAGCCAAUGAAAGAAUUAAUAGUAAUUACUGACAUUUAGAAAAGCCAAUUAGCCAAAGAGAAGCCUAGAGUGAAACGUCCAUUGUCUAUAGAAGGAACUUCUUGGUUAAUUUUUAAGCCUUUCAUGCUGCUCUACCUAGUGGAGAAGUGAUUGCUCCCUAAUAAAAAAAAGAUUCAGACAUCCAGAAAUCUAGAGUAGUUGAGUUUGUAUACAUUUUAAAAAAUUACCUUGUCAGUGCCAAAGCAGAUUAAGCCUAUCAUUAUUAUACCUAUAAAACAGAGAGUGUGGGCAGUUACCCAGUAGUGUUAAACUAUUUUGCUGGGGGAAAGCAGGCUUUUGAGUACUGCAUACUAACCUGGGGUGUUGUCCUGUGGACAUUCAUGAUAGCAUUGGCAGAUCAAGUGUCCCAAAAUAGUGAGGUGCUAUGAAGCUGCAAGAAACCCAGACUAAUUAAAUGCACUCCUUUUUAUGGUUCCAGACCUUGCAUUUUAAACAUUAGUUAGUGCAAAGGUGAGGAGUGUCUGACUUGCUCUAUGUUCUUACAGUUCUGUAGCACCCUGUUGUAAUAAAAGUUCAACCUUAUAUGUUUUAUAAAUAGUAGUAAAUGUAGGAUUCUUCUCUUUCAAACUUCAUCUGUCUAGCAGUGCAGUAUCAAUCUUCCCCUCUUCCCCUCCCACAAUCGGAGCAUCUAAGUCAACCUUACCCAGGCUAUCACUUCCGUCAUCCCUGCCCACUGGUCCUGCUUGCUGGGGAUUCUUAGUUCCACAAUAUCUGGAGGGCACAAAGUGUGAAUUCAUUGUAACUCCAAUGUUUCAUGCAAACAUUUUGAACGCUUUAAGUAAAAUGUGCCACCUCAGGCAAGAACUAGAGAUUACAGAAGUUGUGGGGGGUGCUGUCCUAACCAGCAGCCCCGCGGUUCCUUCUCCUCAGCCCCAUAACAUCUAGGGUCAUGACAUUGCAAUGCUGCAAGCGUUGUCUGCGCUUCAUUGAUUGCCUGAUACAGACUCAGGGAAAUUUACAGCACAACGAUGUUGCAACAUGCAUUGAGUAACCCAGAUGUUAACAUGGGGUGGGGAGGUGUUGCUGCUGUUUUCUAUAGCAGCCCCCAGCACCAUCCUGACACAUCUUGACAUUCCAGGCUCUGUGAGCCUUGUUCUCUGGGACCAAUACAGCAGCUAACACUGAGAAAAGCAGCAAAGAGUUUGCUCUGCGAAGUGCCACGUAUUGAGCAAGGCGCUUCUGAAAUACGGGGCAUCCAUUAUGUCCGAUGGAGCUGUCAUGUUCAGGAAUAAGGGACAUCCCUUUAGCUGAGGGGCAUCUUUCAGCAUGAGCUCAGGUGCCCUGAGUUAGAGGCUGACAAUGAAGGAAUGUCAGGAGCUGGAAGAUGAAUUGUGCUCUCCUUCCAGAUGUCUCUUCCAUGGCAGAGGUGCGGGCAUUUUUCCUUUGCAAAGUGCUGUGAGGUUAGUCCUCUAUCCUGGGGUUUAAAUCGGAUGCUAUGUGCACGCACACACACACACACAUGCCAGCAACAACAUAAAAACUCCAGCAACAGAAACACAUCAGCACAAGCAAACAGCAAUGAGAAAACUUAAUUGGUAGCUUCAGGCCUGUGUUACAACCCUGGCCAGGGAUAAUAUAUCUUUAAGUACUUGUAAUCUUUUGAAAUUCCCCUCAGCCCAGCCUGAGAGAGGACGUGGAGAUUACCAAAGGGGCGGAGGGAGAGGAGUGACUUGGGGGAGAAGAACUUUGCCAGACGCACUUUAAGAGACUAAUGGAUUUCUAAUGUUUACAUUCUUUAUAUACAAACCUGCUUUAUAAAUGAUCGUGGCAUUAUAGCUGUAAAACAAAGUCAUAAAAACAGCCUGCAGCUCAGGCAUAGAGCAUAAAUGCCUUUUUCCUCAGGCAGAUGAAGGAGAGGCAGAGUGGAGAGCAAUCAAUAUUUAUGGGCCUUAUCUGUGUUUCCGUGGUGCAGUCAGGGAGAUGGCGCAUAGGCUUAGGUAUGUUACCAACCUCUGGGGUUGGCCCUGAGACUUUUCCCCACAACCACCACUUCCUGAUAGGUGCCUGUGGCAUGUCUGGAACCAUAUAUGCCAAGAGUCACUUAUGGAGUUCCCUUGCUUUGAUGACCACAACCACUUUUUCCUCUUUUCCCCUGGGCCAGAGGACAUUUAUUUAUUAUUGUAUUUUAUCACAGUUAUAUCCUGCCUUUCAUCCACCAUGGUCCCCAAGGUGGUGCACAUGUGGCUCCCAUCCAGGGCCUAACCAGACCUGGACCUGCUUAGCUUCAGCAAGGUGGUACACUCCCAUGCCUUCAGACCAGACCCUGGGAUUUGCAUCACCAUCUGGUUCCAUUUUAUUGUCUGAGGCCCAAUUGCCAAAUACAGCUAUUAGAUAGUUGUGGUUGUAGCAUCAUCUGCAAAAAACCAUCUGAGGUGUUCUAGAAGGUUGUUCUGUUGAUCAACCACGUGCAUUAUUUCUUAGCUGCCUGUUUGCUGGGUUCAAAAACAUAAGACAGUUGAUUCAAAAAAUGGUUUUGAUUUAGAAAAAUCAUUCGAGUUGCCCCAUCUGUUUUAAAAGCAUGGUGCUUAAUUUUGGUCCUGGCUAAUGAUAUUUUGGGAAAUAUUUGAGAUAUGGCAGUACAGGCUGCUUUGAGCCCAAAUUGUGCCCAGAAUAUUCACAAGCAAUUUUUUUUUGGGGGGGGGAACCUUAUUUAUAACAAAACCUUCACAACUUAGCUUAUUCUCAUUGGACCAGAGAAUUCUGAUGAUCCUGGCUUUUGUCAAACUUGAAUGCUAGCUAUUUUCUCUGCUAAGGGCAUUCUCUUCUGUUUUGGGGGUUGUCGUUGUUGUUUGUGCUUGUGUGUGUGAAUGGUUUUUAUUCAAAGCUCAAACAACAGGCGGUCAGAGAGAACAAUCUGUAAUCACCACUCUGCUGUCUUUAAGCUAUGGGACCUACACUGCAGGGCAUUUUAUUCCAAAUGAUCAUCUUGGACUUGAGCCUUUUUCAAUUUUAGCUCCAGAAAGGCCCAUUCAUCACAAAACCAUCAUCUUGCCUGCCCUGCAACUUCCUGCCUCCUCCGUUCCGCUCUGGGAUGCUCCUGGGUACCCAGUGAACUGCUUUGGGCUGCAGCUGUGCAAAGGCUCACAAGGGCUCGCCAGGAGGACAUUGUGUGCCCUAAUUACACUCUGCAUCCCUGUGCAAUUGGUUGGGUGCUGAGAAAAUUACAGACCUGCAAAUGAAAUUAGGAAGGGGAUGCCUGGCAGCAGCAGCAGCAGCAGCAGCAAAGAAACCAGGGAGCAUGAGAGAGAAAGAGAGAUUAGCCUGGAGUUUAAUUCGUUGUUUCCAAAAGAGCAGUUAAUGGAUUAUGACAAAUGUCCUACUGCUUUCCCUAGUGCUGUGUUAAAAUGGAAAUGGAAAGUCAAUUUUCCUAAAUGGAUUUUAAAUGGCCAGCCUUGUGUGUGUGCAUGUUUGUGUGUGUGUAUUUUCACAGGCUGAUUCCCCGCCCCCCGCCCUCAGGAUACAUCUCUGGCAUCUGGCUUCCUUGGGCCUAAUCAUUAUUUCCCUUCGGGGUUUGUUUUCUAAAGGACUCAAAAUGGCAGGCCCUGGUGAUUUGUGGGCAAUCUCAAGAUUGGCUGGUACUUAAUUUGGGUUGUAGGGUUGCCAUAUGUCCUCUUUUCCAUGGGUAUGUAAAACGAGAGUCGUCAUAGCGAUCCAUAGUUAAAAGCAGAAGUUGGCACAUGUGUCCUCUUUUUUGCUCUUCAAAAUAUGGCAACCCUACUACUAAUGCAUUUCCCUUUAGUCCAAUCUCACAAGUUUAGUUCAAUCUGUACCAUGGGAUCCACUUUUCAGCUAUUAAAAUAUAUGCCCAUCUUCGUUCUCCUUUUCUCCUGCUCUCUUUCUUCCAUUCUUGCCUUUCUGACUUUCUCUUCUUUACUUAAUUCUUUCUUUACUUAAGAAAUAACCUCCCCCUUUUAAAAAGGUGUGUAUGUGAAUGAUUGUGCAUCUCAAUUGUGUGGCAUGACCCAGCAGCUGAAGGCAAUAUAUUAUCCAAGACCUCAUUUCUUCUGUGUAACUUGGAAGCUCAUCCCCAAGACUGCCUAGAUUUGCCUGGUAUCUUUCAAUCCUAGAUUUUUGCUUCAUUGCAACUGUUUGUUUACUUUUGGUCUUUAUCCUGCAGUGCCCAGGAAGACCCUUGGCAGUGCCAAGCAGGCUGGACGCAAAGCAUGCUUGAACCAUGCAACAUCAUAGGAACACCAUGCUUGCCUUAGCUCUGCCAGUACUCAGAGGGUUUAAUAGCAGCACACAGUGCCUACCGUGUGUGUGUGUGUGUGUGUGCGAGAGAGAGAGAGAGAGAGAGAGAGAGAGAGAGAAAUAUGGUGCAGUUGGCAGGCAGGGUCGAUCUGUGUUGUAAUCCCUUUCAAAAUUGCUACAGCCUAGUGGAGAAUGUUCUCUGAAUAUGAAAUGCUUAUUACUUAUAUUCUGUCCUAUAUUCUAUACUUAAGAGGCUUUUCCCCACUCUUCAUCCUUCAGGGCUGCCCAUCUCAGAGGAAUAUCCCCUGGAGUAUUUCCCCCAACAGAAAACACAUUAUGUAUCUCCCCCUACAUACUCUCUUCUGUGUAUGCAGCUGCCCUUUCCCAAGAGUCUGAGUACAUAUAUCUCCUCAGGGCUCAAAGCCAGGAGCGAAGCACCCAGACCUGGGUGCCCUGUGUCUCCCAGGGCCUGCCAGUCUGGCUCCAGUUUUAUCAUGCAACUCUCACUGUAUUGCUAAGUGACUGGAGUGCAGUCAAGAUCCCUGCCAUGUGGCUGUAACACAUGAAGGAUGCAAUCCUACCUCCACUUGGCAGUAAUAUGUUUAGCAUCUGUAUGAUGCUUUAGGAAAGGGGCAGGCAACUUUUUCUUUUGUUGAAGAUCUCAUUCUCUCAGGGGUAAUCUGACCCGGGCCGCAUGCCAGCGAUGGGUCAACAUUUCAAGCAAGCUAUCGAUCUGCUCCCUUUCCUGUUCAGGCACCACAAGUUCAUAUCCCAUAAACAUAGAUAUAUGACAUUGGGGUUUUAUUUUAAUUUUGCCCUAGUGCGCACUGUGCUUCUACUGAAUUGUAGUUGCCAUUUUAAUGCACGUUUACUCAGUUUUGAAAGAUCGUUUCGGAGCACUUCACAACCUGUUUUUGUUCUUACCACCCUCAACAGUUUGGUGUCAUCAGCAAACUUUGUCCUAUCAUUGCUCACUCAUAACUCUACAUCAUUUAUGAAGAAGUUUAAAAAAACCCCAAUGUCAUAUAUAUAUGUUUAUGGGAUAUGGGUCCCAACACUGAUCUUUGUAGGAACCCAUGUCCUUUGUGAGAACUGUCCAUUUACCCCUACUUUAUGUUUUCUGUUCUUUAACCAGUUACCAGGGAAGAUUCAGAAGGGCAUCGGGGGCUACCUAAAAUAAAGUUGACCUCCCAUAGCUCUGGAUUGUCCACCUGUGCUUUAGGACAUCCAAAUACUUUAUAUCUCAUUAAUCCUGCAGGGUGGUAACCCCAUACUGUUGAUUGGAGGAGGAAGGUGGCUGAGCAAUAGUGUCUUGUCUGAAGCCAUCUAUAUGGUCCAUGGCAGAACCAGAGACUUCCAGAUUCUAUCUCUUUCCCACAGUGUUAUAGUAGCUUUCAUGACUUGCCCAUGAGUAACCUAUAUUGAAGUCCAUGGGAUUUAGUUAUGAGCAAGCAUAUGUAAAUGGGUCUUCAAAUAGUAUGCUUUGCUGGUUCUGUAGAAAUUGUCCCACUCAGAAGUAUGCUUCCUUGCUUGCAUCUCUGUUAAGGAUUGGUGUCCCAAGAGAAAGGAAGUGACAAUGACCUGGUUCAGCUAUGAUAUUCUUGACCCAAUAAACCAUGCAGCAUUGCACUGAGAACAAUAGUUGUGUUUGCACUCUCUAUCCUCUCUUUCUUUUCCCUUGAGUGCCUUAAUGCAAGAAUCCCAAACGAGGAAACAGUAGUUACUACAGUCCUUGCUUGUAAACCACAGGGUAUAUAUCUGAAUUGGGCCAAUGACUAUGGGGGUAAGAAUAAAGGAAGCUGCAACUGACAAGGAGUCAAAAAGUUAUGAAAUUCAGGUUGUUGUCCAUCAGACACCGUUCUUUCAAAGCCAAGAACUGAUGUCGGGUUAUGAGCUAAAUUUCUCACAUUUCUCCUCUUUCAUUGCAGGGAGUGAGUAUGGAGAGGUGCUUCCAGAUUCCUUCCCAUCAGCCCCUGCAGAGUCCCUUCCCCAUUUCCUACUGGAGCCACAAGAUUCCUACAUUGUGAAGAACAAGCCAGUGGAACUGAUCUGCAGAGCCAACCCUGCCACCCAGAUUUACUUCAAGUGCAACGGCGAGUGGGUGAACCAGAACGAUCACAUCAUCACAGAGAGCUUGGACGAAAUCACAGGUGAGAAGGCUUAGAGAAUCGAACCAUCUCUCAGGCCCACCCGGGACCAGACCUACUACUAGGUAGAGUUAGGCAGCUGCCUCAGACAGCGCAUUUUGGAGAUCAGGGAGUGGCAGUGCGGAAGUUAGAGGACAGAACUGUAUUUGCCACAGGGCCUGCCUACACCAUAAGCCAGCCUAAAUUAGCCCCCUAGGUUAGCCUGCUGCCUUCAGGUGCAGAGGAGAGGACUGUUCCAUUGCCAGUACUGAAGAAAGAUACCUUCACCUCAGACACCAAAAUAUCCUGGGCCGGCUCUAUGUGUCAGCUCUACUCUUCUUUUCUACCCAUCAAGCAUGAUAUUUUAUAUCUUAGAUUUUUGUUUCUCCAUUGAGGCAUAUGCCGCAGAGCACGUCCCCAUAUGUUACAUAAUAUAUUUUUUAAAAAAUACGUUGACUUGCCUUCUUUUGAUAGCUGAGAAUUAAAACUGACAAAAGUUCUCCUAGCCUGUCUCUCAUUCAGAGCAGUGCUGGGACGCUUGGUCAGAGGAAGAGCACUGGGCCAAAGCAAGUGAUUUCUCUCUCUCUCUCUCUCCAAACUCCUGUCUCUAUGAAAGCUUAGCAGUGGUUCCUCAGUGAGGAGACCAGACACGGUGGCCAAGCCUUUCUGACAAUCAUCUUGUGCACCAGUGUUGCCCCCUGAAAUGAGCAGCACCUGAUAAUGUUGGGUGUGUUUCAGGGUAGUGGUCUUCAGCUGGUGGGUCAAGACCUGCCUUUGGGUCAUAGCCUUAUCUAAAGUAGAACAGCACAAAAGCAGAGCAACUCUAAAGGUAAAGGUAAAGGGACCCCUGACCAUUAGGUCUAGUCACGGAAGACUCUAGGGAUGCGGCACUCAUCUCGCUUUAUUGGCCCAGGGAGCCGGCGUACAGCUUCUGGGUCAUGUGGCCAGCAUGAUUAAGCCGCUUCUGGCGAACCAGAGCAGCACACAGAAACUCUGUUUACCUUCCCACCACAGCGGUACCUAUUUAUCUACUUGCACUUGACAUGCUUUCGAACUGCUAGGUUGGCAGGAGCUGGGACCGAGCAACAAGAGCUCACCCCAUCUCGGGGAUUUGAACCGCCGACCUUCUAAUCGGCAAGCCCUAGGCUCUGUGGCGGGUGGCGUUGUGGGUUAAACCACAGAGCAACUCUACCACCAUAGAAAUAUAUGGCGUGAGACAUAGAGGUAGACAUAGACACAGAUGGAUCUGCAAUUGUUUUUUGGGGUUAAAGGAGGGUCCCAGGUCUGAAAAGAUUGACAGAUACUGUUCUAGGGGACACACUCAGCUCAUGAAUUGGCCUGGCCAGCUCUCUCUCUCUAAAAGGAACCCCCAGAAUCAUCUGCAGUUCACAUGGUUCUCUGAAAGCAGACUAAUAUAGAAAGGUUUUCCUGGAGGUAAAAUGUCUGCAAGCCAGAGUAGUAGUAAUGUACUACACCCGAUUGUUUAGAUAAGCCCUUGAUAACACUGAAUCACGGUGUAAUUAAUUUCAACAUCCUAUUAGGGCGAAUUGUAUCAACAUGUCUGUGGUGGAAGAAACAAAGUCCCACUCUUAACGUGCAAAUUCAUGCUAGUAUUUAAUAACAACUCUUUAGGCAUAUUUUCAUUAGAUUUUCCAGUAAAGUGUUUCACAAGAGGUUCUUAAGAAAAUCACAUAAUCUUAAAAGUGAGGGUUGGUAAAAUUCUGUCAUGGAUCAGAAACUUGCUAAGAACAAGAAAGCAAGCAGUAGGGAAGCGUAGUCAAUUUUUACCGUGGCAAGAGGUUAGCAGUAGGUUCCCCACAAGAAUCCAGACUGAAAGUUCAGUUUUAUGCUGAGAUGCUGCUGAGGAUUUUCAAGGAUUUUACAGCCAUCCUCCAGCAGCCUUCUGUUGUGAACUUGAAUGGGGCUAGCCCACCAAAGUGAAUGAUUUAUAGAUUGUUGCCUCAGGACGUUAGAAGCCUUGCUGCGAUUGAACUUCAUAGAACCGGGUCUCCUUGGCUUUGUGACAGACAGAUCCUCAGAUAACUCGCACUGGUUCAAAUUCAGUUCAAGGGUAUUGUGCCCACACCUGAUCAGUGCCAGGAGAAAUUGAGUCUUAGUCUUGUUUGAAACAAGCUCAUCAGGCGAUGUCCCAGUACCAAGCUUCAUCAUUUAAGUCAUGGAGUCCUAGCACAACCCUGGAAAUGGGCUACAUGUGCAUGGAAUUGGCUUACCCCCAAACUAGCACUGACUGUCCCUGUAACCUGCUUGUGGGCUUCCCAGAGGGACCUGACUUUCCAAUGCCAGAAACAUGAUGUGACGAGGUGGGCCUUUGAUCUGAUCCAGGAUUGCCAGUCUUAUGUUCUUAUACUUUUUGAAAUACAGUAAGGGAUCCUGUAUUGUCUAUAUCUUCAUACCAACUUUUCUGAUCAAUUCUAGCAUACUAAAAUCUAGAGAGAGAGGUCUCUUUCUUUCUCUCUCUCUCUUUCUCUCUCUCUCUCUCUCCACACACACGGGCAAACUAGACAUGGUUAGGCAGAUGUGAAAGAUUCUGGUAGGCCUCAGUUUAAGUACUUGUUCCAUACCGAUCCAGGGCUGAAGUACUAUUUUUCUCUGACUUCAGGGGAUGGAGCAAAUGUUAAGUAAUAUUUAAUCUUAGCUUUCAAAAAUCUCCGCCAUUUCUCUUGUAACAAAAAACACUUGUCACCACUUCAGCUGAUAACCCCUCAGCCAUCUCAUGUUUAAAACAGGUCUGAAAAUAUCUUAACAUUCACCUGCCUCUCUCUCCCCAACCCCGUCUUAAAGUUGCUUAAUAUGCCCCCCCCCCAUUAUUGUGGACAAGUGGUUCCACAAAAGAGGGGAAUAUUCAGCCCAGCUUGAUCCUAAGUCAUGUUCUGCUUAGAGCACUUCUCUAGAUUUUCCUCAGUCAUGGAUGAAGAGUCUUCGAGAUCCAUUGUGAAAAGGGAGUCACUAGUAGAAGGGCCAGACCUGUAAACAAAAUGGUCCAGAUGAGGUUUUUAGGGUUUGGGUCAUUUUGUUAAGUGAGGAAAUAUUCUAAACAACAGAGGUAGCUAAAUGGGUGGCAUAAUCUGGGAUGGAUUUUAAUACAGUGCCAACUACUUAUAAAUAGCAUUAUAACUUCUGCCCAUUAAAACUACUCUUGUCAGUUUCACUCCAAGAACUCAUUACAAGGUCGCUCAUUGUAUGGUUUCCACCUGAGGGCAUUUUCUGCUCCUUUAGAAUGUAAGAAAAGCUCCUUAGUAUGCUAAUUGCUUCAGCAGUGUAAUAGCACAUGGUAAAUCUUCUGAGGUGCUUAGUGUGGGUACUGAUGACACUUUGACAACCUAGGCCUGAUCAGUUCGUUGUGGCCAAGCACUGAAUUUACACACGUCAGAAACAGAGUCAACUUAUGACCAGUUCAGAAAAGUGUGUGACCUGCACCACCAUAAUUUAAAUCUCAUGAAAUCAUCUCUGAGGGCUGAUUUCGCAGGCUAUGUUUUCUGGCCAAAGGAUAGUUUCUGUGAGCAAUGAGCAAUCCCUGCACCCUUAGAAAUGCAGGACGGCUUUUGACAUAUCACCUACCUACACAGUCAGCUUCACAUUUAGCUGCUUCCCCCCACCCCCAUUACUUAUCAGCAAUGGAACUUGGGUGCUAUGCUGAAGAUGCAAAUAUAACCUGCCCUGUUGCCCUAGAUAAGAUCCAUUUUGGAAAUGGCAAACAAGUACCAACAGCCAACUUGCAGAGGAGACUGAGAGGGUGGCUGGUUGCACUUAUUGGUAAAUGUCUUAUACUGCUGAGUGUGCAUCCUUGCCAAGGGACAGGCUUGAUUAAACAGGUGUGGCCAUCUUGGUAAUUUCAGAGAGGUGUUGCUAAUUCCAUUACAUGAUCCUUCAUCCUUGUGGUGCCUUCUUGUUUUUCCUCACUCCUGCUCCCCAACCCUUUUGUUUGGGAGGUGCUGUAGCUCAGCAGCGGAGCCCGUACCUUGCAGGCAAACAGUCCCAGGUUCAGGCUCCGGCGUCGCCAAACCGGGCUGGGAAAGAAUCCUGCCGGUCCAUGUGGACAUCACUGAGCUAGAUGUAGCAGCAUUCAGACUCAGUACUGGGCAUCCUCCUUCACUGACACAUCAGCGGCCAUCACUUUUAUUUCUAAGUUUGUGCAAGCAUCAAACAAAAUGGUCUUCUCUGCGUGCUGUACUUUAAUUGUUAGAGUUCUGCCCUCUUUGUGUAUUGAAGUGGCCCCUUGCAAAUGCAUGUACGUACAUCCACGCUGAAAUUUUAAAAAAGCAGAGCAGUGGUGGCAGGUAUAUUAGCAGCAGUGGCCAACAUGGGGGGAAGAGGUUCUGGGAUAGCAGUGGGUAGUGGGACCAGAGGUUUAAAAGAUUUGGUUCUCUGCAAGCAAGGACUCCUACCCUACCCCCCUGUUAACUGUGGAAACCGUUCUAGAGACCUGCAGUGUGAAAGACAAAAAAGGUCACCAUAAGCAUGUAUAAUGCACUCCCAUGCACGAAGAAUGAUCGCAGGAGAAGAGUCCAUGCACACAUAUGGAGACGUGUUUCCGUGUGCUUAAUAUUUGAUAAGUUCCCUACAUUCCACAGAAACAAAACUCUAAUAGUCAAUUUGAGCUGGUGCAUUUGCAAGAUUCCCCAAUGAAUCCAUGCAAUUUCUCCACAAGAGAAUGGCCUGGUUCACAUGCAACACCAAGCCAAACUAUGUCAUAGCAUAGUAGUCCCAAUCCUUUCAGAGCCAGGGCCCAAAAAUGCAUUUGAGAGACUCAUUUGUUGAUUUUCCUUUGCCAUAUGUUUGCAUGGUGGUGGUGAUGCUGCUGUUGUGACCCACCUUAGAUCAGGCCACGGUAGUGGGUCCCAACCCACCAACCAGUGGUUUUGCAUGAAUGAGCAAGCAUGGGGUACCCAGCAUGAGAAUUUUGUCCCCCCCCCCCAUCUCAGUCCUACUGUUGCCAUAUUACCCAGAGCAAAAGGCCAUGGUUUGGCUUAGUGUUGUGCAUGAAACCAGGUUUAUGGUUUGUCUCACCCCAAAAAAAUCAUGAGUGGUACGCCAAGAACAAACUGUAGUAUUAUGUAUGAACUGGGCCAGUGUCUUGUAAAAACUCCCCACCUUCUUAGUCGUGCUGAUAGGGAUCUUGCAAGAGGUUGUCUAUACAGUGGUACCUCGGGUUACAGAGGCUUCAGGUUACAGAUGCUUCAGGUUACAGACUAAGAACUUUGCUUCAGGAUGAGAACAGAAAUCGUGCUCCGGCGGCAUGGCGGCAGCAGGAGGCCCCAUUAACUAAAGUGGUACCUCAGGUUAAGAACAGUUUCAGGUUAAGAACAGACCUCCAGAACGAAUUAAGUUCUUAACCCGAGGUACCACUGUAUUGGGUAUUUGUUUGUUUGUUUGUUUGUUUGUUUGUUUGUUUGUUUGUUUGUUUGUUUUAAGAAAAAGCCAUGGUAUGAAUUGGGCUCCCAUCAUCUUCUUUUUCAUUAGCGAGAAAUGGUUGCAAUGUAUAUUAUUAACAGGCAGAAAAUAUUUCUUUUCUUCCCCUUUCUCUCUUUUUCUCUCUCUCUCCCUCUCCCAUUUGCUCAGUGCAAUCUCUCUUUGUAAAACAAUUUUAAAUGAAUAUAUAACUGUAAUUAAAGCUUCCAUUAAACAAGUCCGCGCUGCACUGUUGAACUCACGCAAAAAGUCCACAUUAAAUGCCUUCGAGGGCUAAAUUAUUUAAUUAGGAUUGAGGUUGCCAGCAUGAAUAGCAAAUGGAUUUGCAACAGGCGGGCAAGAGGCUUUAAUGUCCCAGGAGGCCACUUGCCACACAUUCCUGCCAUCCCGCCUGCGCUACCAUCACACCAGCAAAAGGAGCGAGACAUGUUAGGAUGUGAUCCACAGGCACUGUACAGCAAAGGAGAAAGUUGGAGGAAUUAAUAUUUUUUAAAUAUAUUAACUGGUUACCAUUCCAUCCUUCUCAAAGGACUUGGUGUAGGGAGCCACACACACAAUCAUACCAUUUCUACUUUACAUUCAGAAUUCAAGAAGCACUUAAUUGUCAAAAAAAAAAGUAAGUCUUGUCCUCGGGUUGCAGGUAGGGAAGGAGGGAAAUUUAAAUUCCGUUCGCAUUUAUAGGUGAACCUGCCUAACUUGCCGUUUCCCAAACAUUACUCGGACUGAAAUGCCGCCACCCUUCUUCAAAAUGCACACUUCUCCAAAUUUUGCAACCAAUGUGUAUAGAAAUGCAUCUACUAGGACAAAGCAUGAAUAAAAUGCAUGCGUUAUUAGUGCAAAUAGCACACAAGAGUGUGUUCUUGUCAGUGAUCAGUUGAAACUGACCCAUUUGCCAAUUUCCAGUUGCCCAGUCCCAGGCGAGCAGGAGGGCGGAGCCAGCUGGCCACCUCAGCAUCUCGCUGGCUCGGUCGCCACCCAACUUGCAGCGCAGAGCCGCCCACAGCAGAAAAGCCCGUCACAGCACUCCAACCGAGAGGCGGGCUCUUCCCUGGACUCAACUCUCAGGCCCCGGACUCUUGGCCUGGUGCCCCCUAGAGCCCAGCUCCCAGGUGCCCCGCACCCCUAGCACCUAUUGGUAAGACGGCCCUGCAUACAUGGUUUUCCCACUCCCAUUUUAUCCUCACAACAACCCUAUAGUGACUGGUCCCACAUCACCCAGUGAACUUCAUGACCAAAUGGGGAUUUGAACCCAGGUUUCCCAAGUACUUUCUUCCAAAAGCUGGGACUUCGGCUAGUUGCUGAGUCUUAGGAGAGAAUGAGAGAACACUGUGACUAUAUCCUGCAGAUUUAAACGGGUUUAACGAGCAAUCUUGUCUUUCAAGAGAAUUCUGGGAAUUGUAGUUUGGUGAAGAGGGUUGAGAUCUCCAGAUUCUCAGUAGCAGCACCAGGCUAUAACAGACAUGCCCUCUUCCCCGGGGAAUUCAGUGAGGAGUGUUCAGUGAUCUCUGAACAGACUAAUGCAUUCAGGCUACAAUUUGCAAUAUUCUUUGGUGAGAAAACCGGGGAAGAGCACCAGAAAGGAUUUGAGGUAAACAUACUUUGUCUGUGGAUAUAACAAUUGAAGCAUGGUCACCCUUCAGCUUAUGAACACUACAGGUAAUUAAGUUUGGGUUUGAAAAACAGCAGUGAUUUGAAGGUCAUGGAGCAAAUAUACCAUUUAUUUAUAGAACGGGUCAGUCCUGGUAGUUUGGAAUUUGAGCAGAUGCCUUAAAGUAUAAAGAAAGAGGCUUCUGAGACCUAUUCUUAUUAAUAAGAUGGCAGCUUCCCAGACCCACAGAAAGCAGUUGGAAAUGUCAGCCAUAACGGGCUCAAAUCCUUUAUCUGUCUCUACCUACCAUGUUCAUUAAAGUAUCAGCCAUCUUUAUUGAGGGCAUAAACAUCUUCAGUUCACAUUGCAUAUCUUUAGUACCACCGUUAGUGUGUGUGUGUGUGUGUGUGUGUGUGUGUGUGUUUUAUAAGCAAAUGAAAUACAAUUGUCAUAAUGGAAAAGGCAAGAGAAACAGUUGCUUCAACUGCUGCUGAAUCCACUCUGCUCUUCAUUUGUAGACAAUUGGCAGCGAGGUUUUACUAUAUUAAGGCAAUAAGAUUAAAGCACAUGCUUAUGUGCCUUGCUGAAUUGAGGCUGUGAUUUUUAAUGCGACGGUGAAGCGAUUAAGGUUGCACUAAAACAGGAGGAGUAAUGGGGUAUAUCUUAGCCAGUAGUAAUAGCGGCUCUUUCGUAAAACAGCUGAAUGUUGAUAAUGGCUCUAUCAGAGUUAUCACCCUUGGGUGACUCUAGAGUUCUGCCCUCAAUGGGAAGUUCAUUUGACCAGAAACAGCCUCCCUUAUGACUUGAGGAGCUUCUUCUUUCAAAACAUAUUUCAUUUGCUCAGCCUGUUGGUACUCAGUUCUUAAUCGUCUAAAAUUCUCGCCUCCUUCCACUUCUUUCUUUUUGCAGCUGCCUCUUUUCACACAGAGACAGACAGACAGACAGACAGACAUGCCAACUAUUAUUCCCCCACUUUAUCUCUAGGGUUGAUAGAAGUUUAUCUUCCCUAUAACAUGAAAGUACCAGAUCCCCCCCCCCUUAUGUGGCCUAGUAGGACCAAGAAAACUGUGUACCAACUGUAGAUAGCUUAAAAGGGGGGCGGUGGCCCAUCAAGAUAUUGGGCUUUUGUCCUGGACUGUACAUGCCUCCUAGCCAGUUAAAGAAAUUAUGUGUGGACAUUGAGAUCUGCUUUAUACUGCAGUCAGACCUUUGGUUCAUCUAGCUCACUCACGUCUACAUGGCCUGGCAGCAGGUCUCCAGGGUUUGAGAUUGAAGUCUCUUCCCCAGCCCCGUAGCCAGAGAUUCUGGGGAUUAAACCUUGGGCCAUCUUCAAGCAAAGCAGGUAUUCCAAACUUAAUUUUAAGAAGCACUUUGUGGAGGUAAAAGAUGAAAAAGUGAGAAACGGCUCCUGAAUCUUUGGUCGUCGUUUGGAAGAGGCAGGACCAGCUCAAGACAUUUUGUUGCCUGAGGCAAAAGACAAGAUGGCGCCCUAACUCACAUUCCACCAUACUGAUAGUUGAAUCUUACUUCAACACUCGGCGUGGGUCAGCAUCCUUCACUAGAGGGCAACAGGCCAUCUUGGACUUCCGGGUUAGCGCCUCUGGCAAUUGCGGAUUUCCUCUGAUCGGGAGGAAUCCGCUCCGUGAGAAUUAGGGUCUGGACCGCUGCGGCGAGGCGGAGACCCACUAAAAACCACAGGCGGGAGAAGCCUGUGGACGUGGGAUUCAGCUGGCACCUUUCGCGCCUCCCCCACUCGCGGGGAAACCUGGUUUCGGGGAUCCGGAGCGACAUGGGGUGAAUGGCGCAGUGCUUCAAAUCGACUGCUCUUUUCACGGAGUGAAGCCGCAUUGCUGUUGCCAGAGAGCGCUGACUUUUUCCUGUGGACAAUUGGAUUUUAAACAACUGCCCGUGAGUAGAACGAAAAAUUGGACUAUGAAAUUUCUUAAUUUGGCACCGAAGCGGGAAGGUCUAAACAGGAAGUCCGCCUUCCGCUUUUGUAAAUAGAUUGAAGCAAAGACAUGGCAAGCUAGAGUCUGGAAAGUCGUUUGUAAAGGAUUAAAUUUUCAUCAUUUAAAAUUACUGAACCCCCCUUGGAAGCAGGAGAAGAGGGGGGAAUCUUUUUUAGACUGUCUAAACCUGCAGAAGAGAGAGUAAAGAAAGGUAAAUUUCCACCGUCUUGAACCUGGGAGCGGGGUGUCAGGACAGACGUUUUGGGGAAGUUCAUUGACUGUGGACAAACGUUUUUGACAGAUAGUCAAAAGAAGAGAAACAUAUUGAUUCCAUUGUUCCCUUUUGCAUUUAAAAGGAACAAAAUAUCCGAAAAAGGAAAGGAACUUUGUUGCUAGAUCUGCUUUUAAAUUGUUUCCCCUAGAGGGAGCUUGUGAAACUGUUAUUAGAGUCGAACUGGGGAGCUUUGCAGCUGUAGAGAUUAAAGAUCGUGGGACCAGACUUUGACCUUGAACAAGAAUGUGCUUAGAGGAGGCUUUGGUGCUUGCUCUUUGCAAGACAAGUGCUUUAUUGGAACAGUUACAUGAGAAGAUGGAUUAGAUGACUGUUGCAGUCGGAAAUUUUGGACAGGCAGUGGGUACCUAUAUAGAACUCACUCAGGAAUUAAUCCAGGAAUGUGCUUUAACAGAUCAGAUAAAGGAGGAGGUUGUUGCUGAACCUCAAGUAGCAGAAAUGGAGAGAGCUGCGGUCCAGCAGGAACAUGAGUUGUUGGAUUUGACGAAUGAACCUGGAAAAAGUCAGAUUUGGAGAGAUGGAGUUCUGUUUGGCUUGGAGAUGGGGGGCUGGAUGGAUCCCCCUAUGCAGGGAUGUUUUGACCUUUCGAGUCUGGCUUUGGGCUGGGGGGAGAUGGGAGUUGUGGGGGCCCUUAACUUUAGAGGGACUUUGAAACAUGCCUUUAAAUAUCACAUGGAUUUCAGUGUUGACUAUGGAAAAUGGGCUGACUUGUCGAGAAGGGACAAAGAUAUUGUCAAGUUGGAGUCUCCCCGAGAGAAAGGAAGGAAAUUAAGAAUAAGAUCAGCAGAAGACAAAGUAAAGUACAGGUAUAAACAUGAAGAAGACCUGUGGAAGGGACAUGGAAAAGACUUAAGAGCCUCGGAUAGAAGGUCACCAGGUUGAUGGACUAGAUGGAUGGGAUAGAAAGGACUGACAAAACCCGAGACCAGGAAGAAGAGACGAUGGAUGAAGAUUGGAAGAAAGUUUUAAAAAUUUAUUUAGAAAAUUAUCGUAAAAUUAAUGAGUAUUAGAAAAAUGUUGGAAUGAAAUUAUUUGGCUUUAGCAGAAAUGUUAAAAAGAAUUAUGUAAGAAUAUGUUAUGGUUAAAAGAAUUAGGUAUAAAUAAGACUUAAGUUUUAAGCUUUAGGGUUUUUUAUGGUAAGAUAAGGUUAAAAUAGAUUAAGGUAAUUUAAUGACAGAAUAUUGUGAAAGAUGGAAAGGAUUUGCUGAGAUAAUUAAUAACUAGAAUACAAAAAGGGAGGUGUGAGGAGGUCGAUGAAAUAAGUUAAUGAAAGUUAAGGAUUUGGGAAUAUUGGAUUUGUUUUUAAAUUUUUUGUUUAUUUUUGCUUUUUGAUUUUGAUGUAUUGUGUGUUUUGUUUUCUCUCUUUGACUUUGGUUUUUAUUGAUUUGUAUUGUUUAAUUGCUAUUUUUGUCUACCUUUUUCUUUCUUUUUCUUUUUCUCUUGUUUCUUCCUCCUUUUUUCUCUGUAAUUUUAAAUUCUCAAUAAAUAUCACUUAAAAAAAAACAAAAAACAGGCCAUCUUAGGGGACACAGAGCCAGCCACAUGACACACACAACUCUCUCCUCCAACACCUUACUUCUGCUUCCAACCCUACAACCCCAAGGAAGUGCCACAUGAGGCAAACCUGCCAAAUCUGCUACCUAGCCCAAAAGAGAGACUGGGAGCUGCCUUCUACAUUGCAGUAAACCCUCACCUUACACGUUUGACUUGUGUGGUGGUGAUUCAACCCUAAUUCCAACCAUAUGUAAUUGCACAAGUCAAGUCUCAUGCAAGGUGGGGAGCUUGAAAGCAACGGGGGGGGGAAUCUGCUUCAUUUUCUGCAGGACAGCUCUUCAGAUAUUUGACGAGUGCUAUCAUGAAAUCAACUGAAGCUCUUUUCGUAGGUAGUGAGGAAACCAUAGUCAACCAUGCCUUCUUUCUGGUGUGUAGGGCCACCAUUUCCCCUUCUACCCUUGCUUCAGCCCUGUGUAUGUAUUUCUCACUUCCAUGAAGGUGUUUCUUUCUAUCUCCCUCCCUCCCAUAUCACAGAAUCAUAGAGUUGGAAGGGGCCCAAGGGUCAUCAAGUCCAACCCUCUGCAAUGCAAGAAUCUCAGCUAAAGCAUCCAUGGCCCAUGGCCAUCCAAGCUCUCCUUUGAAACCUCCAAGGACGGAGAGUCCACUGUCCUAGCUUCUCAUCCCCCCCCCCCCCCCGGCUCUCAUCAUUAACCCUCCUCCUUGUUUUCUCUUCUUCCAGGGCUCCUUGUAAGAGAAGUCCAGAUUGAAGUUUCUCGACAGCAAGUGGAUGAAUUCUUUGGCUUAGAAGACUACUGGUGCCAGUGUGUGGCGUGGAGCUCUGCUGGGACCACCAAAAGCCGAAGAGCUUACGUCAGGAUAGCAUGUAGGUCUUGAGUGUGUUUAACCCUCCUUCAUAUGGGUACUUUUCAUACUGUGCAUUUCUCCCAGGUACUUAGUCUAUUUGUAUGUAGGGACAGAGAUGGACAGAAUAUACCCCCCAAGAGCCACAUUGUAAGCAGUUCAUGUUUGCUCAAAUGUGAGCCGUUCUAUAUAUUUUGGGCACGUUGGGGUGUGAGAGUGUGUGUAAGAGAAAGAAGGAGGGAUACCCUUUGUUGGAAAGGAGAAUUUUAAGUUACAUUUUCCUUGGUGAGGGUUGUGGGGGUUUUUGUUUUUUGUUUCAAUGAGCAGAACAAGACAAAAGAGAAUUCAUUUCAUCAUAGUUUGUUGGAUUGUUUGAUUUACGGAUUUCAAUGGGCUUUUCACAUAUGUUCAUAUAUUUAUUACCCCAUUCUCAUGGAAGAAAAGGAGAGCCCUUGACGGUGGGAUCAGAAUGGCAAAGAUUAGGCCUUACUGUGUGUUUAAUAAUCGAGGAUGGAGGCAAGUUAUUUUGAUGUCAGGGGAAGUUUGUUCUCUUUAUGUUCGGAUGCCGCUUGGAAAAAUAUUACCAAACUUGACACAAGAGGUGGGAGCAGUGCUCUUCACUGAUAUUUGGACACUCACUGCCAUUUUUAAUCAAGCUGGCAGACCGCAAUGUCCCUUUGGCAUGACUUCCCCUGUUUUUCAGCAUAGAAUAGAUUUGGCUGCUUUUCAAUACAUCAUCUCCAAUUUUGGCAUGAUGGCACCUGUGGUGGGAGUGGCAAUUUUUGUUAAUGUUCAGAUGCCAGGUGUCAUUUUGCAUCAAGGUGGUGGACUAAACAUGACUUUGGGUUGACUCCACCCAUUUUUUGGUGUGACACAUCCAAUCUCACAAAUGGCACAAUGUUAUUUUUAUUUCUAAAAAAUAUGCAGUGCUUAUAUAUCCGGGCGCUCCACACUAGUUUCAAAAUAUGUGGCUUUAUUUUUCUACAUGGCUCCCUUCCCAUGCUACAAAAAAAUAAAAAUAAAUGUAUUCUCAAGGAUUAGAAAUGCAAGGAUUAGAAAUUUGUGCGAACAGGCACUAUAAACUUGCAAUAUGCAGUUCUAGAAGCAGUGGUUGUUUGAGGGAUGCUAGCCAGUGAACUUUCUCGUUCCAGCAGAUCAUGCUGUGAUAAGAUCUACAGCGAUCAAGUCUUGUUCAUAAAACAAGACAGCAAAUUAUCAUCAUUGUCAUCAUCGUAAUCAUCCUCAAAAAUAAUUACUUUGGACAGCAUUUAUUUUCAUUGGAACAGUUUGUCAAAACUGCUUGAGAGAAAUUAGGUGGGUUUUAGUGCCACCUACUGGUUAAUACUGGGGCUUGUUUACUCGUAAUACAGUUUAGUUAAGCACACAAAGUUCUUUGAAACUGAUGCAAUAUUCAAGUAUUAAGAAAAGCCGCUUAAUAUUGCUAAUAUAUUCCUGUUCCCUGUGGCUGCAAGUGAUACAAUCAUUCUCUAAUGUUGAUGUACAGAAUUCAGAACAUUUUAGCAAAGGUUUUGAUACACGGGGAAGGAAUAGCAAGGAAUGGAGAUAUUUUGUUUGGGAGUAGAGUUAGUAGAGGCAGAGGCAGAUCAAGAAAUUUUGCCGUCUGAAGCAAGCACAAAGUGAAGUCCUCUCUUCACACCAUAUACUAAAGCCAGCUGGACUUGUAGUUGUCUCCUACUUCAGCACUUGGGUUAGAUUAGUUAGAUGUUGGAAGGCAUGAUGUACAGCAGACAUAGCUCUGUUGUCCAACACUUCACCACUGCUACCUGCCCACCCAGAUUCUGCCGCUUGAAGCAGCUCGUCACCACCUAAUGGUAGGGCAGGCCCUGAGCAAACACACAAAAAUAUCAUGUCCUACAUUUUAUGGAGAACAGCUAUGCAGGGCUGUGAGACCUUGUCCUCUCUCAACUGUUUCACUCAUUUGAUUUGUGGGAGUUUGGAAAAUAACAGUCCGUACAUUCACAUGCAGCAGAGACUUCCUUUUACCUGCAAGCCCACACAUCUCUGGAAGCAGAAGUGGCUUACUCCCAAGUAAAUAUAUCUGAAUGGGGUGUAAAAUACAAACUCUGCAUGUCCAUUCUUCCUUUAACUACCACGAUGGGAUCAUCUGAGUGCUUCUGAAAACCCUUAUUGAGAUAACCCGUGAGACCAACAGAAUGGCACCACAAGGACUUUUAAGCAGUGCAUUUCCUCACAUCUUCAUUUCAGUAAGAAUUGGCAGCCUUGCCAAGUAAGGAACCUCAUUUAGCACAUUUCUCCCACCAAAGAAGCCUGGGAACCCUAGUUGGUUAAGGGCGCUUGCAGUUGUAGCUCUGUUAAAGUGUAAACUACAGUUCCUAGGCUUGUGGGCAGGGGAGAAAAAUGUGCUUUAAAUCUCUGGUGCGUACCCAGCCUAAGGUCAUGCUGAGCUCUUGACAUGCCGCCCUCUCUCAGCUGGUAUGACAAGGCAACUGAGCUCUGCAAGUGACUCCUCGACUGAUGCCUGGUGCUUGUUUUGUUUCCCAUUCGUAGACCUGAGGAAGAAUUUUGACCAGGAGCCCUUGGGAAAGGAGGUUCCUCUGGAUCACGAAGUGCUUCUGCAGUGCCGCCCUCCUGAAGGAGUGCCAACAGCCGAGGUAAGCAAGGCAGGCCACCGGGGGGUGGGGGCGUUGUUGGUGGCAGCAGCCGCCAGCUGGGAGGAGCCUGUGGAACUGAAUUGCGAUUAUUUAUUCCCACAAGGCGACGCAUGCUCAUGUUGUGUUUCUGCGUGAUGAUUAGCAUCACUGUUAUUAAAGCGCACAUGCAGCACUUUCCCAUGUGCCAAGGGAUGCGCAGGGCUUAUCUCAGAUCACUGAGAAAGAGAACAUUCUAUACUUGUUUCAGUCCUUCCUCUGCCCAUAAAUGCGAACUGUCUCCCUUCACUCUGGCUCAUUGUAGGUACCUGCUUAGCAGAAAAUAGACUGACACUUCAGUCCUAGGCGUAGGGCGUUGUUUACUCAAAAUAAAGUACCAUUACACAAGUAAGCCUGUGUAGGGUUGCACUGUCCAGGCUACGUGGCUUUGGGGGAUGUUCCCCAUUUAGAGAACUGCACAAUUUAGCCAUUUUGACACCCCCACGCACCCACACACCCUUAGGGGGAAAACAGGUGCUUUAAUUUUUCUUUGCUUUCUGUAGUUCUUUAGUUGGGCCCACGCAGGCCCUAAAAGAAGCCUAGCCUUGAGUUCUCAAACCUGUUUCAACUGCCUGGUUGUGAAAAUACUAAGCUUCCAUUAGUCAGCCGGUUUUUUGAGCUGCAGAAAGGAAUCUUACCCUUCCAAUGCACUCCUGCCAUUGAGCUUGGAUUUAUUUGUUUUACACCACCACCACCCCCGUCGCCACCAACCUCAGUGUCGCCUUUGGCCCUAUUUCUUCUAUCCUGUUACUUUGGACAGUUUUAUCCAUGUCACAUGGAGGUCACGCAGCUGCAAUUCUCGUUUGCACUCCCUACAAACAGUUUUCAAGGCUUUGUGGCAUAUUUGUCUCUCCAAAGGGGAGGAAGCUUGGUGGAGUGAGGUUUAUUCCGCUUUGUAAAAAAUAAACCAAAACAUAAUAGCAACAACAACUAUGGCCUGGCAUUUCUGCUGCUCAUCAUGGCUUCCGAUCAGGAAUUGCCCUUGUAGACAGCUCUGAUCUCUUCAGUGAGGGUUGCGGUGAGGCAGGCAGACGAAUCUUGUUUCUGAAGAGGUCGCUUCAGCUAGGCACCAUGUAUCUCCUCGAAACUGGUGGUGCUGGCUGUGGACUGGGCACAUAGCCAGAGCUGCCAAGAAGUACACAGAUUAGUGUGUGAUGCUGCUAAUACCCAUUAGGAUAAGGCUGCUCAUGCAAAAAGCCACAGAAGAUAACUCUUCUUAGCCUCAUUUUAUUUUACAGUACCGCUAUCAGGCUAGGGCAUAGACACAGAGCUGGAAAGCACCCAAAUAUCAUCCUGUUCCCAACCUCCCGCUGCAAGGUGGAAGCAUCCAUCCAGCAGAUCAGGCCCUCCACUUCAUCAACACGCGCAACCGGCUCACAGUGCUCAACAAGCAGAGAGAAGAUACGCUGCAAGCCUCUCUGAGCAGAGCAGAAAGCUGGCUGACACAAUUACAGUUCAGGCCCACAGCAGAGAGAGAGAGAGAAAGAGUCUGUAUAAACAGUCAAACUAGGGCAGGUGAGACCUGCAUCCUUACACAGCCACGAACCUCAAUGUGUGACCCUCAGCAACUCUCUCUGCUAACGUAUCUCAGAGGCUUGUUCUGAGGAUGAAAUAUAGGGGAGAACUAUGAAGGCUGACCUGAGCUCCUUGGAAGAAGGGCAGGAAAGAAUGCAAUAAACAAACUGUAGGUGCAAACCGAUGAUGGGGACAAAUAUUCCCGCAAACAGACAAAAGAGCAGCAUCCAGACAGAGAUGUUGAUGAUCCAUGGAUGGUUUGGGCAGCCAUGCUAUCUAGAGAUGCAGUGAGUUGUACUACAAAACAUUUUUUUGGUGGGGGGGGGGACUAUGUUGGCAAAGGUUGCUGUAGACUAACUGAGGAAGCAGCCACAACAGUGGGUACAUCUUGAAAUGGAGUCUAAAGUGUGAGUUCAUUUAUCAACACAUAACCCAGGUGUUGGGAAAUUUUGGCCCAUCAGGUGUUGCUGAACUACAACUUCCGUAAUUGUUGGCCAUGCUUGCUGGGGCUAAUGGGAGCUGGAGUUCAGCAACAUCUGGAGGGUCAAAUGGGUUCCCCACACCUGACAUAGCCCCUCAAUAAGUUAUCCCUCUGUAUCCUAUUAGGUGGUGAGGAGAACUUUACCACACUUCUGCACCCAAUCAGACACAAUCAGGGGUGUGGCAAAAAUUCACCCUGCCUCUUCUUGCCACAUUUUCUUAGAUGGUGGUGAAGACGCUGUGCAACUUAACACGCAUAAAAUCACGUGGUGAAUGGCCAACUGAAAUUAGGCAAGAAAGCAGGGGAAGUUACUUGGGGGCAGCAAGAGUGACAGGGAGCUGUCACAAAUAAAUACUUGUGCCCAGGAGGUCCAUGGUCUGCUUGGGAAAGAGGUGGCUGCUAAGCAAGACCAGCUCUCAAAAGGACCCAGGUUUGAGAUUGCACCUGGAGACUUAGAGCACUUUCCCUGACAGUGAUAUAUAUCUUUUCCUACCAGGCUUGUUCUGGCAGAACGCUUUGAGAUUCAUGAGCUAGGGCUGUAGCAUUGCCUCCAAUAGUGAUUGCUGCCCUCCCAUUAAAUGUAUUACUUUCCCCUGUUCCAUAAGACAGAUGCUGGAAUAAAUGUUUAAAAGCCUCCUGAAAUAUCUGUCUCCUGCUUUUUUUCCUUUUUCAAUUUUAGGGUGUUAUUCUAACUCAGACAUGCAGACUUGUUUUAUAGAUUUUGGUUGCUGAGAUAUCUGUCCCCCACCCACCCACCCACCCACCAACCAACCACUCUCCAAAUUUGCUGGCGGUUGGUAACCAGAAACUUCCUGCCUUCCUCCUACAGCUGGGCACAUCUGCGCCUUCCCUGAAGGCACACCGUGAAUGUGAAUAAUUGUAGGCAAGGAUGAAAUUUUUCCCAUUGCAGCCCAUUAAUAAAUCACGGGGAGCUGUUACUUCUCUCAGAUAUCUGCCCAGCCACCCUCUCCCCACUAUGCACACCUCAGAAACACACACACACACACACACACACACAUCUGCCUGCUUCUUCCAAGCAACUGCCAUAAAAUUCCAGCUGGGAGUGUUGGCACCUUAGCAGAUGCCAGUUUACAGCCAGGAGGAAAAAAGUGAGCAUGAGGUAAAUGAGUCGGCUCCCGGAGCCAGAUCGGGGCCGUGAUGGAUAGCCUCGCACCGAGGCCGUCUGCUUUCAUUAUUCAGCAGAAGUGUUUAUUUUAGGCAGCGGAUCUGUUAUUCUGACACCUAAUAAUGUACUUAACCUCAACACCUGUUCAGCCCAGCCUUCCCUCCCUCCCGCAUGGGCUGAUCAGCCAUUAACUCCUCGCAGGAUUUAGCAAUGAAAACACAGAACGAAUUCUUUUCCAGUGAGGGGGAGAGCAAUUAGAAUUAGGACGUAUCAACAUUCCUGGAAUUCCCCUGACAGUGGCAGAACUUCACACCGGGGUCAUCUUUAGCCUUUGACACCCUGUGACCUGGUACUUCCCGUGUAAACGGCCCAACUGGUGUAACGGCUGGAACAUUAGCUUGCGUUUGGGGAAACUCCAACCCCCGGCUCCCUUCCGUGAGGCUCUCAGGGUGUCGCAGCCUUGUCACAAGGCAGAGUGAGGCUGCAUCUUCAGGCAGCCCCUGGGGAGCAUCACAGAAGUGGUAGCAAACAGCUGCCCCCAAAUCUGCUGGUUCUGCAAGUGUUGUGCAGCAUGCUUUCAAACAGAGGGCAGUGCCACCUCCCUGCUGGCACUUUAUGAACACGCAUACCAGAGCAGUUGUUUGGGUGUGUGGCACCAUCCCAGGGACAUAAAUUUUCUGCUGUUGCUGCUACCACAGGAAGCUUCCAGCGACUUGUGACUGCAGUGGCAGGGUAACGCCGCCACCGCUGCCAACAUGGCAUCAUAUGGCUGUGUAGCUAACAUUAGGUGCCUGGGGUGUAAAGAUGCUCAGUCUAGAUGGAGUGAAGGCAGUUAAGCACACACAUGCAUAUACCUGGCGACUGAGUGCCGAUGGAGAGACAGGUCAAUCCAAGCUAAGGGCAGGUAGACCAUAGUGUCCUGUAGGGUAGCACCUGGUUUCUGCCUCUAGAACACCAAGAGGCCUGGUCCAUGCAUGCAGGUGAAUGAGGAGGCAGAAUGGAUAUUUCUGCUUCAGGCUGCAGGUGCAAAAUACUGUACUAGUUUUGAGUGCACACAUAUGUUUUAACAACAACCCUGUUUGGCAAGUUUUAGAAACGGGAGGGGGGAUGCUAGCAUAUCCUAGUCCAGCCCCUUCAGAGCUAGUUUUCUAUGUGCAAGGUUUUGUGUUUUUCGCUGAAAUGGCAAAACACCACUUUCAGCCCGAAAUUUGCAGUCUAGUCUACCGCUUCAGGACUCCACCAUCUCGUUCCCAUUUUACUUUGUUGCCAGUGUGGAUGAGGCCUGAAGCCUUCAGCCUCACACUCUCAGAGCGUAACUUACUUUUCAGAGUUGUUGUCGGGCUAAAACUGUUGGUCUCAGCAACUUGGGGCAGGAUACAAAUGUAAGAAAUUAAUCCGCGAUUUGUCUGGCCUUGCUUUGUUUUUUGCUAACAAAACAGUGAGGUGGUUGAACUGGGCCAUUCCACAUCCAGCUGGUGUGGCAGAUGGGAACAAAAUUAAAAAUAGAAAGGUUAUCUGUAAGAAAGUCUGUCCUUUCUCGAACAAUGAGCAAAGCCCAGGUGCAUUAUGGUACUAGGGCCUCCUGGGGUGACAGGCAGGGUUGUUUAUUAUUUAAAAAAUGGGUUGAACAUCACAAGAUUCAGGAUACUUCAUAAAUAAGGCCUGUUUAUGCUUACUUAGUAUUACUUCUCCGUAGGAUAUUGCAUGUACCAGUGCAAGGCAAGUGGGCAAACGUAUACAUGCCACAGGAACCCAAUGGAGUUUUCUGUCAUGGGUACCUGCGGCAAAUUUCGCUCUGCUUUCUUUUGGACUACAUCAGUGAGGCCUAGAGUGUGUGGGGGGGUGUCUUGUAAUCGGGUCAGCCCGGGACCUCCAUACACACUGCCCAGGCUUGCUUCCUGGAGAGGUUGCUUCGGUGUUGCUAAUGAAGCAAAAACAACACAGGAGGCAGCAGUUACGAGUUAGCAGUCUCUGCGACCACAGCAGGCACUGUGAUUCUCCCGCAGUUUGACUCUACCCCUGGAGGGUUAUCCAACAGAAUUCCAGGCUCUGGAUGACAAAGUUCCAUGGCUUGCUGGAGAAACUUACAACUUUUUUUAAAAAAAACUUAUAGUUAUGGAUCUUGCUUUGGAAUGAAGAUCACAUGUUGCAUGUAUUGUGUGUGUAGUUAACAGUGGCUCCAUCUUCCUCCUUCCUUCAUUAUUUUUUUUACCUGUCCCAACACCUUCUUUCCCUAUUCCUUUCCUCACUGUUUUUCUCCCCCCGUGGCUCUCUCUAGGUGGAGUGGCUGAGGAAUGAUUAUGUGGUUGACACUGCCCAAGAUACCAACUUCUUGAUAACCAUUGACCAUAACCUCAUCAUCAAGCAAGCCAGACUUUCUGACACUGCCAACUACACCUGUGUGGCCAAGAACAUUGUCGCCAAACGGAAGAGCACCACAGCCACCGUCAUUGUCUAUGGUACAGACUUUUUGCUUUUGGCAGGUUAGGGGGCUUAUUCACAUGGUGGGUAAGGAGAAGAUGAGAACACAGUUUUCUGCAACAUAUAUAUGUGUGCAUGUAUAAUUAAAUACUUGGUUCAUGCAGUAUGUAAACAUCCACAUUGAAUGCAAAUAACAACCUGAUCCUCUAAGCAUGUUUGUUCAAAAAGAAGUCCCACUGAAUUUAAUAGCACUUGCAAUUGUAUUUUAAUAUUUUUUUGGAAGCUUGCCAGAGUGGCUGGGGAAACCCAGCCAGAUGGGCGGGGUAUAAAUAAUAAGUUGUUGUUGUUGCUGUUGUUGUUGUUAUAAGAGUCCCUGCCUCUGCAGUUUCCCCAUCAAUUGAUUGAUUGAUUUCUUACAAGUUAUAGGUUGCUUCAUUGUAAGGCAAUCUCGCAAAUAAACUGGCCCUGAGCUGUUCAGGGCUGUAAGUGCCAAUAGUUAACACCUUGAGCAGUUAAUUGACAACCAGUGCAGGUCUCUGAUGCACAGGUGUUACAAUUUUGCAGAUAUUCCUUAAUAGGUGUGUUCUUACAGAGGUACAUUUUAUUAUUAUUGAUUGGUGAUGGAGAAGAUGCAGCAUUUGGGCUUCCCUCUUGUGGUAAUUGCACAUGGAGAGUGUCCAGUCUGGUGCCAGCUUCCACCAAAAAUGUGCAACACUGGCAUGAUUGGGACAGCCAUGGUGGUGAGGACUUACUGAAUGUUACAGCUGCCACAGGAAUCCAACACGAUGUGGGCAUUUCCCAGCACAUUUCGUGUGGGCAGCUGUAACAUUAGAAGUGGCUACAGGAGAAAGAAGUCAGCUAGGUUGGUAUUGAGGAGAUAGCCUCAUGGUUUUUAAACAUCCUUUGCUUCUCUUCCCUGCUCAUAGUGAAUGGUGGCUGGUCUACCUGGUCAGAAUGGUCCCCAUGCAGCAACCGCUGUGGUCGAGGAUGGCAAAAGCGCACCCGGACCUGCACCAAUCCUGCGCCUCUCAACGGUGGCUCCGUUUGCGAUGGACAGUCCUUGCAGAAGAUCUCCUGCAGCACUAUGUGCCCAGGUGAGGGCAUCUCGGACAGCCACUCCUGGACUCUGCACAGUGAGCUGUAUUCACACACAGGGCUGUUUCUGUUUGUAUAGCACAGAAUCUGGUGGCAAAGCUUGAUGUAGCCACUUGACUUAGACUCAGUACCCUGUACAGAGCGUUAAGAAUAUCUCAAGCAGCAGGAGCCAGGCAGCAGAGCAUUUGGGAGCCAUAUCUGCUUUAGAAAACAAUCCACCAGUUUCCAAAUGUCAUUUAUUAAAACAGCUCAUUCUUUAUUUAGAACUACCUUUAAAUAUCAAGGGUUUGGGGAAAGGCAUCCAAUAUUCCGUUUUGUACGAAAGUUCUGUGUACAUUAUAGUGCAAUGAUAUUUAUGUUGAGUCACAACUGAAGUGAGACUCAUAAUUUACAGGAAGAACUGCUAACAUCACAGCAUCUGCUAGCAGCAAGAUGUGUUAUUGCAAGAAAUUGAGGAAAAUAACAAUGCUCUUAACACUUGCGGCCUGGAGGGAUGAAACAGGAUAAACAAUAAAGAAGCGGGUUGUUUUGUGAGAAUUCAAUGUACUUUUGUGUCUGGCUGCUCUUUUUAGACUUCAAAAGAAAGCAAAAAAGAAAUAAUCAUACAUGUGAUGAUGGGAGGCUGGAACCUUAAGAAAGGCAGAUUUAGGAAUGCAUGUGCUAGUCAAAUCUGUUCCAUUUAGUUUAGGUUUUUUUAAAUUACAUUUUAUGCUUGGUUGGGAUGACAACUGGCAGAUGUGGCAAGAAAGCAGGCGGUGCUUUAAAAAAGAGGAAGCUGCUGUAGUAGUUAGAACCUACAGCUUUCAAGAUGUCACCUAAUUUUUUUGGUAGGUGACCUUUAGCAAGCCGCAGUCUUUUGCCCUAGCUCACCGGCUGCAUUAUGGGGUUAAUGAUACUGAUCUACAUUGCAGACUUGUUCAGAGGACUGCUAAAAUGCAGCAUAGAAAUUCUAACUAGAUGCACGCCUGAAAAUAGUUGCUUGUAUCAGUAUGCGUCACAUUAAGGCGCACUUAAAAUACAACAAAAUUUUGGUGUAAAAACACUUACGUGUGGGAGAUAGUGCAUGUUUUCGAUGUGGAAUAGCUUCCUGUAUUGGAAGGUUGCAGUGUUUUAAGUCUGAUCUUGCCUGUCAGCCAGUAUCGCUUUACUUUUUGGUUUGGGGCCGGUGGUGCCAGUAGGUGAUUUCACAAGGGCAUCCCAGCAUUCUGCUUUUUUCAGGAGUUAGUAAGCUAGUCCUACAAGAAAUUGUUUCCUCUCUCUCUGUUCCCCCCCUCCCCGCCAACUCCUUCUGCCUGUGCGUCUCUAAUUAGUUUCCUUCCUUUAUGGUGGUGAUUCUGGUGAUGGAUUAGUCCCUGACUGUCUUUUCCCUCCCGAAAUGCAGUAGACGGAGCUUGGACGGAAUGGAGCAAGUGGUCAGCCUGCAGCACGGAAUGCACGCACUGGAGGAGCAGAGAAUGCACAGCCCCUUCGCCCAGGAACGGAGGCAAAGACUGCAGCGGAGUGCUGCUUGACUCCAAAAACUGCACCGAUGGGCUCUGUAUGCAAAGUGAGUCGAUUUGCUGUGCCUAAUAAGAAGCAGAGGGGAAAGGGAAGACAGAAGGGAGGCAGGUUUUUCAGUUGUACUGAAAAAGCUCUGCAGGUGGGCAUGUAAGACCCAGUGACAAACUUCUGUUGCCAAGUUAUCUAUCACAGAAAUAAAGACACAACACGUAGGCUAAUAGCUGCUAGAGCAUAUAUAAUAGAAUAUCAUUCUAUUAUAUGAUAUUUUUUAUAUCUUUCAAAAAGUAUAAAUAAAUCUAUUAGAGUUCAUAUAUGCAAUGCAACAGACUAGUGGUGCAGAAUGUCAAGGCCAUGCGUUCAAGAUAGGCAUCAAAGGUCAGUCUCACAAUGGCUAUUCAAAGGUUUCAGCAGAAGACCUUCUGCGCCACUAAUCUGUUACAUUAUAUAUAUGAACUCUAAUAGAUUUAUUCCUACUUUUUGAAUGAUAUCAUUAUUCUAUUGCAUAUGCUCUAACAGUUAUUAGCCCACGUGUCGUGUCUUUGUUUCUGUGAUUGGUUCUCAUUGCAACACAGGGGUUUGUUUUUGCCAGGGGGAGAACACCAACUGCAUCCUUUCAGCUCCUUACUCAAAUCUGUUACCAGUCCCAAUGAAGUUCUCUGGCCACCUAAAUUCACAAGUUUGAAAUUUAACUAAGGUCAUUUAAGGAAUGGAAGUUUCCUCUCCGCUCUGUCCCAAUGUUACCUGAGACCCACAGAAAGCCUCUCUUGGGGCUCCCUUUUGAACCGUGUUGGAGGCAGUACCAAGGGGGGUUGCUGAGAGGAGGAAGAGAUGCAAAACUUCCCUUCCAUAAACUUUAUUUCUUAAAUAUUUCUUCUGUACCUAAGAUGUAUGGAUGUGAUCAAACAUACUGUUGCACACAUAAUUACUGGGUACACUUGUCACAGAACUGUGAUUAUUUUUCACUCCCUGUUGAGUGCACACUCCAUAGCAAACCUGCAUUUGACACUGUGUAAUGUGUAGAUCAUCCCAUUGCCUCUGCCUCUGGUUGGUAUCAGCCUUCUAGGUGAAUGGUUUCAAGUCUUGGAGGUGCAUGGAGAUAGCACGCUAGGGCAUAGUGGCGAGCAAACCCAACUGAGGUGCAAGCUACUUCUGAGUCCACCUGCUUAGGAAUGGGCUACAGAUCCUUGCAGCCCACCUGAAUGGGUUCCAGUUGUGCUGAUGCCCAGCCAACAGUCGACUUGAGACUGCUGAUUGAUGUAGACACCUGUAUUACUCAAACGAUAUGUAGGUCAUUCAGAAGAGCAGAAUAUUUCAGUUAGAAGGAUUAUCUGUAUGAACUGCUGGCUGCCUAGAUAGAUAGAUAGAUAGAUAGAUAGAUAGAUCAAGAGAACUAUUUUGAGAAGUGUAUGGUAAGGUUAGUGGGUGAAAUGCCAGCCUUUCCUUAAUGAGGUUUGAGUCCUAAUCUUGAAUGUGAAUCUUCUGAAGAAGAUGGACGAACUGUCAUUCAGAACCCAUAAUGGCAGGAUCCCUCUGCCACCUGUAGAGCUCAGAGAGUGAAACUAUGAGAAGUAGAACGGGGUCUCCUCUUCAUACAAGAAAGGAGAACACAGGUGGGCAGGGUAAAGCAAUUGUGGAUCAUGUCAUUUCCCAUUGAAAUGAGAGAGAAAUCUUAUAUUUCAUUGACAUUUCCUUCAGAAAUCUAUCAGUUGUCUUAGUGUUGGGGAAAGCAGUCCAGUGAAUUUUGUUCAACAAUGUGAUCCCCUAAAGAAAUGGGUGCUGAUGGUAUCAGUGGGAUUUUUGCUUUUCAUGAACACCUGGCUUAAACUUGCUCCAGAUCUCUCAGGCUACAGAAAUUACUUUUAGUGCUAGGACUAAGCCCCAGAAGCCAAGAAGCAAUAAUGAAGAAAAAUAUAUUUAGACAAGUGCAGAGUGAAUUUUCCUUGGCUCUACAUGACAACCACCAGCCUCUUCCCUACCCCCACGUGUACCUGCUCUCUAGCUCAACGGUCCUGCAGCCUGCAAAGGACCUUUGCCUGAGUCAUUUUGCCAGCAGAAUACAGCUCUUGUCCUGCGACCCUUUAGGAUAAUUGACGGCUCAGGAAAGCAUGUUGCUUUGCCAGUAUUCUCUUGCCGACACCUUCAAUCCAGUCUGCUUGUACAUUCAUGAACAUUCCAUGACAUCACAGUAGCUCAGCCAGUAUCUGAAGUGCUCAUUGGGUGGUCACAGGAAGGCAGGAGGCAGAUGCUUGGUUUUAACCCUUCUACUUUAAACUUGAGGCAAGGCUGGGGAGAAUUGCUGUAUUUACACCUCUCUUUAGAGCAGGCUUCCUCAGACUUGACCCUCCAGAUGUUUUUGGCCUACAACUCCCAUGAUCCCUAGCUAGCAGGACCAGUGGUCAGGGAUGCUGGGAAUUGUAGUCUCAAAACAUCUGGAGGGCCGAGGUUGAAGAAGCCUGCUUUAGAGCAUCCAGAUAAAUUGCCUUAAUGAGCAGAAAAGCAAACUUUGCUACAAGAGCAGCCCUGCUUUUUAAAAAAAAUAAAUAAAAAUUGUGACAGUGCUGCCACCUGCUGUAGUCAUGUUGAUUUCCGUUGUGAUACCUUCCUGGCUCGUUAUUUUGCCCGAAUUUAUAUUGCUGCCUGAAUUCUGUCCUCCCACCGCAAUCUGCUCACCCCCCCUCAAAUGCUAUAAUUCUAAUCUCAUGCCGCUGCUGCAUGAGAAUGUAUGUGUGUCAUCUUAAAUGGAAUCACUGGAUUGAUCCAUGUUGGCAGAUAGCAGAGAUGAGGGGGAGUCCUGUACAGAGACGCAAUUUAUUUUUUGAAAAAGGGAAAAAGCAUCUCCCCCUCCCUCCAGUAGCUGCUGGCUCUGGAGAAGCUCACUGCUGGGAAAAAUUAAGGCAUCAUGACAGCCGAGGUCGGGUGCAGUUUGCAGGCACAGUCAAACUGCGCACCAUGGCAGCCUGCUGCUGGCUGUUAACACUUAAACAGGCAAGUGGUACUGAGAAGAAAACCAAGCAGCAACACACCGAGAGGCAAGGAACACUGUGCUCUGUGCACCUCCCCAUUGCCUAAGAAGGAUCAGUACCUUCCCAGUGUAUGGGAACUUUCAACAUGUAGCAAGUCUGAAGAACUUUAAGAUGAAUUGGAGUUAGUCUGUUCUUCUUUAGCAUUUUGUCUCCCUCAUUCCUCUCUUCCUCCUCCUCCACCAUCCCAACCAUAUAUGUGUCCCUGCCACUUUGGGAUCACCAUAUACUUCAUCAGUGCUUUUUUUCUGGGGGGGACGCAGGGGUACGUAUACCCCUAAACAUUUUGUGACUCUUAAGUUUGACCUCAUUGAGGGACAGUAUUUCAAUAGGAGUAGGAAAAUGAGAGUAUCCCCUAAACAUUUUUUUUAAAAAAAGAAAAAAGCACUGUACUUCAUUCAUCUGAUGAUGUGGACACAGGCCCAUGAAAGCUUCUGCCAGUCAACGUGGCGCUUUUCAGGUGUUGAUGGAUUACAACUCCCAUAAUUCCUGGCCGUAGGCCAUGCCAGGAAUUGGAGCUGAUGGGAGUUGGAGUCCAUUGACCUCUGGAGUGCACCAUUCAAGGCUUACGCCGUAAUAUAUGUGCUCGUCCUAAACGUCCUACAACACUGUUGGGUUUCACUGCAACAGACCAGCAUGGCUCCCCCACAGGAAAAUAAAUUAGAUGCUACUGCUUCUUCCAGCACUUUCUUAUGUUGACUGGGGGGUAGGGGGUGUUUUUGGUGGUGACUGGGGUAACUGCCGCUAACGGAGGACAGGACAACUGAGAAACAUGGCAGUUCAUUGCUUCUGUCCAGAUGAGUUGUAGGCAGUGCUUUUUUUCUUAAAAAAAAAAUGUUUAGGGGUACUCUCAUUUUGACUCAAGAAAAUCACCAUUUUAUAGUUCAAAUUGAGAAAAAUAAAUACAGUAAAUGGACAAAAGUACAAAGACUCCCAAAAUGUUUAGGGGUAUGCGUCCCCCCAGAAAAAGCACUGGUUCUAGGAUUAUGCCUGAGAGGACUGGUGGGUCACAUGUUGUGAAGAACCAAUAGUAGUGCAGUUGGGUGGUUUGUACCAACUGACCACAUAGCUGGGGGGGGGGCUUCCAUGGUCAUGGGAAGUAUGGCAAUGAAUACCAGUGGUUGGGGGGAGCAACCACAAGAGACAGCUAUCACCAUUAUGUCCUGCUUGCGGGCUUGCUGGAGGCAGCUGGCUAGCCAUCCUAAGAAACAGACCGCUGGACCAGAUGGACUCUUGCUCUGCUCUUAGGCACGUUAGCACAGCAUCCCAGACCAUGAUGUUGGUUUUACAUUUCGCAGGCACUCUCCUGAUACUGUGGGCAGAUACAGCAGUGCAGAUAUUUGAGAGGUGCUGCUUGUGGAGUGAAUAUGCCAGCCUCCCCCUCCUCCCUUCCAACUGCAGUUUACGUGGCUUUGUCUUGCAUGUCACUUCAGUACAAAUUGUUCCAUUGUGCUUACGUUUUCACCAUACCCUUAAGUCCUCGGUUUGCCAGAGCUGCUAAACUGCCCUUUGUUUUCUUUUGUUACCAUCUUCAUUGUCGCCAUUCUCAUUUUUCAACCUUUGUUUUUGAACUUUGUUUUCCCCGACAGAUAAAAGAUUUGUAAGCGAGCCCAAAAGUCACCGUAAGUCUCUAUUUCAUAGCCAUUUUCUUUCAUUUGUUGUACAUUUAAGCUUUAGGUUUGGUUCGGGUUUGUCUGCUAUACAUGGACAUUUGCCCUACCUCAGUAUUAAAACAUUCCUGGAGGACCAUCUCUGUGUGACUCUAGCAGCCUCAAGGGAGCUGAAGCCAGUGGGAAGGGGAAUGUAGACAUUGUUACGCCUGGUGGACCUUGAAAAGUAAACUGGGUUUGUUUUAGAAACUAGAAUCAAACCAGGUUUAUUUCCGAUUCAGUAGGAAAGAUACUGUGGUGGUUUUAAGUUCAGUGCUGGUUUAAAUAAUAAAGCUUUGUAGCUUCCAGCAGGAAGGAGAUGGAUGUGAUGUUCUGGACUCCUUCCCUGAACAUUUCAGCUUGCUUGCUUGCUUUCUUCUUUUUUUAAAGAAAGCUCUCUAGCCUUUUUGUUUACAGAGAUAUAAUGGAAAACGUGCUGGCCAUUUUCUACCCAAUUGCUCCCAGUAAAACAAACCUGCUUCUAGUGUUGUGGAUAGCAGCGGCAAACGCACUGGGAUGGCUGACAGCCACGUGCCACUGUAAAAAAAUAAAUAUUAGGCCAUUCUUAUUUUUGUUUUGCUCAGUUUUGCCUUGACCUAUUAUUACAGCUUUCCCAGUAUACCUUAGGAUAUACCCAACAUUUUGGGUCAUGGGAAUGAAUUAAUGAUUAUGAUGAUGAUGCAAAUAUCAGUUCUUUGUAUAAAAUCAAAAACUAUGCUCCACCAACACCUGUUAUUCCCUUGACUAAAUUCAGUGUAAAGUUUCAAUGGAAAUUAAAGCUAUAGUUCAUCCAUUCAUCUACAAGAGCGAGAAAGAGAAACCCUUUGCUUUUGUUUUUUUGCUCAGUGCAAACAUUGUUCUUCCCCUCCCAGCUUUCUUUCUCUCUCGCCCUCAAGUAACCUGUUGGUGUUUCUGUAACUCCUUGACAUAGGGCUAUAGCGGUGACAUUAUUUUGUUUCGUUUUUGUUUUCAUUUUGCCAGAGAUGGGGGUGUUCUUGUUGCGCAUCCCUCCCCUUUCCUUGCGGCAGUGUGCCAUCAGUUGCUGCACUGCGUGGCAUUAAAACGUGAUAACGUCUGUGAACCUGAAGCAUAGGAGGCAGAGCUGUUUCCUUCAUGAGUAGCAUCCAGUGCAGAAUAUUUAUUAGCUUCAUCAGUGAUAGCUUAUCUUCUGUAAUGCAGACUGAAAAUCAAAUAAAGGGAGGAUAAAGGUGGCAGAGUAAUUGCUACUCUUCCAAUUCUGCCGUUCUCUGCCACCUAAAAAUUCUCUUGCUGUUGUAAAGGACCUUUGCUCAGUCUCCCUUGCUUCUCCUUAUGCCUACAAUGACCUCCCAGAAUGCUCUAUUCUACCCCGCCACCCCCCUUUUAUUCUAAAGAUAUUUCAAAACUAUUCUUGCAAAGCCUAUGCAUCUCAACACCUUAGCCUCCAUGCCUUGGUCACGCAAAUCCCUUGCCUGCUGCCUCCCUUCUGUUUUAUUUCCAUUGUCAAACUUGAGGCUGCAAGCUCCCUGGGGCUCCCUGUUGCUCCUGCUUUGAAGUGCCAUGCAUAUUGAUGGUGACACCUUAAUAAAUAACAUUAGCAUGGGAGUCAACUCUCCCAAGCCCCGAACUAUUUUAGCAGUAUUCCUUGCUGUUGUAUUUCACCUUCUAGUCAGAGGGAGGGAAAUUACUUCUGUAGCAAGCAAUGAUGGAAGCUUGGCAUGGAGCGUUCCUCUGUCUACCCUAGCAAUCCCUAUAGAUUGGGAAAUGGCACUGAUUGGAUACUUCAAAGCCUGUAAAUUCCCCGUUAUUUCUUCCUUGUGCCUUUUCCGGUAGUACCCUCAGGGAAGAAAUUCCCAGUGGAUCACACACAAUUGUACAUGUAGUCCAGAUAUAAUUACAAUUUUUUAAAAAAAAUCAACAACAACACCUUGAUUCAGUUCCACAUAGUCCCUUUCAGAAAGAAGGAACCUGUGACAACAGGGCAUGGUAAUGGGGGGAGCUUGGAGAAGAGGGAAACAGUUAAAUCAAAAACAGGGGUUGGGGGAGGAGAUCGUUGUAAAUGCCAGUCUCUUGGCAUAUCUGGAGUAAUUCUCGAUUUGAUUGGAUAUAUUUCUAUGCCUCUUUCCGUUCAAAUGAAUCCCAAAAUGGCUUACAAAUAAUCAGUAACAUGAUAGAACAGAAUAGAACAUCACAAAUACAACAUGAAUCAUACAGAAUAAAGAAAGCAUUAGUGAAACAAUUACAAUCUAUAAAAAACUGUUAACAAAGCAGCAACUAAAAAAAUAAACUAAACAGUGCAUGUUGAAGAAAAAAAGCCAUGCUUUUUUAUUAGCAAAUCCAUACAGCAUUUCUUUUGGAGGCAGUGAUGGGAUGAGGCUUCAGUUCUUUCUAUCAUCUUAUAUGGCCAAACCCCACCCCUCCAAAAAGGUCUUCCUGGGCAUGUUUGAACAAAUUGAUUUGCAGAACUUUGGAAGUGUUGAAUCCAAGGCCCAGCAUUUUUGACGUAAAUAAACUUUAUAAAGCCAAGAAGAUCUUAAAGAUGAAACUCAACAUAGUUAGUAGAGGUUGGGAGCAGGGGGAAAGCACUAGGCAGCAAACAUCAUUUGCGAGCUCAGCCACUCAGGAGCCGAUGCUGCCUUGUUGUCCAGAGCAAUCUAGGACCUGUUUGCUACCAAAACGAACCUACAGGAGAGAUUGACUCGGUUCAUGGACUGUUGAUCAUCUCUGUGCAUCCAGUCUCACAGAGCGGCAGUGUUGUUGUUGUUUUUUCCUCAGGCGUGUGCACAUUUUUAAAAGUUCAAGGUAGAUGACUUUUAUCACGGUCCUCUUUUCUGCGCACCAAGGGAGACCAAGGAGUCACAGCACGCGUCAUGUAUAAAUAGAUAGCUCCAGAGGCAAUGUUAAUUAGGGGUCCGCGACUGUGCCAAGGUUGCCCAAGGUUUUCUGACUAGGUCAUUUAAAGCAUAGGCAGGUGUACAUUAAGAAUAUUGCAUUCAGGCUAGCUGAUCUUGAAACAGCAGCCUUGUGGCUGGUGAUCAUUUCCCUUAUCACUGAGUCAAAGAUCCAUAGGCCUUAUUGCACCCCCCCCCCAUUGCCCCAUCCUAAUUCAGAGGCUCCUGUUUUGCUUUGUGCUAGUAUGGUCUAAGGACUAAUGCAAUAAAAGUUAUUCUCAUUGGCUCCUGGCUCUGGAUACCAUACAUUUCUCUAAAUUUCUUUCCUGAACAGCAGAUUAUAGCUUUGCGAGCCCCUGGCUCCUGCUUCCUGCCAUUCCCUCUUUGCUGCUAACCUUUCUUUCCUUCUGGCUUCUGCCUAUCUUCUUUCUUCUCUCCAGACCACCAAAAUAAGCUUGCCUUUGUCUGGGAGGGAGCCUAAUUCUUGCACCACUUGCCCAACACAGCAAUUCAAAAAGAAAAAAAGGACUUGUGGUUAUUGUAGCUGGUAUAGCUCAGUUGGUAGAGCAUGAGACUCUUAAUCUCAGUGCCAUGAGUUCAAGCUCCACAAUGGGCACAUUGCAGGGGGUUGGGCUAGAUGACCCUCAGGGUCCCUUCCAACUUUACAACUCUAUGAUCUCAUCAUAACUUUUGUCCCAGUGUUGUAUUCCAUUUACAAAUCAGUCAAGCUUCCAGCUUGAUCUCCGUAACCUCCGUAACCUAAAGAGAAAGGCUUUUGGUGGUUUGUGUGUCCAACCCUUGCUGUAAAGAAUGACAAUAGGGAACAUGCUACUAAGAGAUAACAUUCCUGAGGGGCAGUCGCAUGCAAAGUCCCUCAGAGCAAAGACUUGCCUGAGCAAACAUUUCCUAACUAGUCUCACUGAAGGAACCUGAGGGCCAGAGGGCUUCAGACAUUAAGGCAAUCUCUGUCUUUUGUUUCUAAGUUCUCUUCAGCUGGACUUUCUAUUGUUUCCUCCUUGCCUUUCCAAAAAUCCUGAGACAGAGGGGGGAGGAAUCAGAAUAGGUGGCGGAAAUGUGGUACAACGUUUUGGUUUUGAAUUCCGAAUGGAAGAGUCAUGCCAUCAUGAUAAUAUUACUGAAAGGCAUCCUAACAUCAUUUAAAUAAAGAAAGAGGCAAGCAGAAAGUGGCAAUUCUUUUUUCAGUUUCUGUUUUAAUCUUUCUCUCUCUUCCUUCUAGUACUGGAGGCUACCGGUGACGUGGCCUUGUACGCUGGUGUUGUGGUUGCCAUCUUUGUGUUCAUUGUUAUCCUGAUGGCUGUCGGGGUGGUUGUGUACAGGCGCAGCUGCCGGGACUUUGACACUGACAUAACAGACUCUUCUGCUGCUCUGACAGGAGGCUUCCACCCAGUCAAUUUCAAGACCUCCAGACAUGGUAAGACCCCAGCUUACUCACAAGGUUCACAUCCAUUUUCAUACGUCCUUGAACCUCACAAGGCAGAAGGAGAAAACAGAUACAACCAAGCAUUUGAACUGAAGGCCGCUAGAACCCAUUGUGGAGAAAGAGGUGGACUUGGUCCAGGGCAAUCUGGGUUCAAAUCCAGGCUAGCCUGGAACUCUCUGGGUGCUUUCUUUUUUCUCAAUUAACUAAAUCAUUUGUGAGACUAAACAAGAUGGAAAGUGUGAAAUAAACUGUAGAAGUUUCAAAUAAAUAAAUAGAAGAAAGUGGCUUAAAUUCAGAAGAAAGCUACAUCAGUUAGCCUGCAGAUAUUUGUCAAAAUCUGACACAUUAUCCAACAGGAGGAGGUGGUAGAACUGUAAGCUGUUCAGAUUGCAAGUUGAGGCCCACGCUUUGGAAUAAAAUCUCCCUGCAUGUUUUCUGGUGUAUGUUUAAAGUUUGUUUUUAACCAUUCAGACAAGCUUUCAAGGAGUAGCCGUGCUGUCUGUGUCUAUUUCCUUCUAUGAGAAACAUACCAUUAAGCAUUUUCCACCUUCUCUUUUGCAGACACCCCCCAAUUGCUGCACCCUUCAAUGCAGCCCGACCUGACAGCCAAUGCUGGCGUGUACCGCGGCCCCAUGUAUGCCUUGCAAGAUUCCUCUGAUAAGAUCCCCAUGACCAACUCUCCCUUGCUUGACCCGCUCCCUAACCUCAAGAUCAAAGUGUACAAUUCCUCCACAACAUCAUCCUCACCCGGGAUGCAUGAGGGGACAGACCUGCUGGGAGUCAUGCCCUCAGGCACCUUCCCAGGGGAGAACCUCAGGGAUAAUCACUUCAUGAACCUAAGGAACAAGACCAUGGGCUCUCAGCAGCUCUUGACUCUGCCUCGGGAGCCUGGGAACAGCGCCACUGGGACGUUCGGCUGCCUGGGAGGAAGGCUCACCAUCCCUGGCACAGGUAAAUGUCAGCAUGAAGGGAAAUUUCUACUGUCCUGACUUUAUCUGAGAGUCUAUUGAACCAAGCGGUUAUGGGCAGGCUGACCUAAACAUAGUCUGUAGUAGGUCAAGCUGGGGUUGCAGCACCUUGGACAGCUCUGAGCUGACACCUUGCUCCAGGGAGGUCUCGGAACCCAGCUGAGCUCCUAUGUACUUGCUAGUUGUGACCAUCUCUUCCAGGUUUCUCCCCCUCACUGGUGAGUGGAGAACCUUAAAGGGAUAUUAAUCUGUCCUAGAGCACCACGCUCUGUCGCCUCUCCACUUGCUCAUGCCAGGCACUUUAGAAAGGGGCACAGCUGGUAAAAAGCAUUGCCAUCGCCUAGAAUACCAGAAAGAGGCCCAGAUCCAUUAGUAUCCUCUAAACACUGAACCUGCUCCUGUAGGGGUGUUUGUGUCAUUCCAUCCAGAGCAGAGAUAUUUAUUGCCAUCAACAGUCCACAUACCACAAGCAUCUCCAUCUUUGCCUAUAUUGAGUUUCAAGUUAUUCACCCCCAUCCAGGCUAUUAUUGACCUCAGGCAGUCGUUCAGGAAUGAGGCUUCCUGUUCACUUAGAUGUUCUUCCAGGAUGCAAUGGUUGGGAAUUUUCAAUCAUCUUAAAUUAUUACAAGGGGAAGAUCCCUGACUAUGGGCCUCAUCUGCUGUGGGAUGGCUCAUCUCUUCCUUUGCCACAGGUUUUCUUGCAGAGGGAGUGAAAAGGAACGCAUAAUGCACACAGCUAGAAGCAGCUUCUUGGUUUAACUCCAGUGCUAAAUAAAACCAAAGUGGGUGAGAGGGGCACCUUCCCCAGGCAUCGUCUGGGCAGAAGCAGAUAAUGGGCACCGAAGGUCAAGUGAUAUACAGUAUUGACAGUUACUAAAACAAUGUCCAGAGAUGCCAUCUUUUCUUUUUGGAAUAAUUAGGCACAGCUUUCGAGGUAAUGGGUGAGAAACCAGGUGAUGAGCUUGCUUGGGGGCUUUGCAGAGGGUUGCUGGUGAUGCAGAGUGAGUCCACUGCAUCUUCUCAUUAGCUCUGUGCCUGCGGCCUAAGAUACUGACUUGGGGGAAGAGAGAUCAGAGAGAAGGGAAGAUGUACUGCAGAGCUGAGGGUUAUAUCAUUUUUAAAUCUAGUAAAACCCUUUAUUCAUUCUCUUCUCCUCUACCAUCCCUUUCUGGUCCAUAGGGGUGAGCCUCUUGGUGCCACACGGAGCAAUUCCUCAAGGGAAAUUCUACGAAAUGUACCUGAUGAUCAACAAAGCAGAAAACACCCUGUAAGUAAAGCAGAAAACGUGCUGUGUUUUUCAAUCUGGCCUGCAUUAUCAGAGGUUAUCCAGGAGAUCUGCUUUAGGCAUGGUCAAAGGCUUGAGCAUGCCCAGUGUAAACUGUUCCCCACUCCCUACCCCACUCCCAUUCAUUCCACAAUCUGCUUUCAUUAGUCCCCUUGAUUUCAGCAAACUGUGUUUCAUUCAAGAAACACUACAAACUUGCAUCCAGACUCCGCUGAUUGAAGUCACUGUGUCAUGAUAGUCAUGACCAACUUAAGCAUUUCAUUGAUUUCAUAGAGAGCAACGUAGACACAGUUAGGAUUCUGCUGUAAGUCAGGAUCCAACCCAAAGCCACCUUAGACGUAUUGCUUUGGAUCUUACCCAAGGCCUUUAAUUUUCUUAUCUGCCUGCACUCAACUUACCAUUAGUAUUUCUUCUUUUUUAUUUUAUUUUUUUUAUUUUGACAAAGUAAUAAGAAUAAAUAAAUAAGAAUAAAAAUGUGCACCCCACCCCCGAGACCAUUCCAUUGUUACUAUCCAACCUCCCAAAAUUUUAACACCUCUUGUGAUGGUUUGGCCCCUUUCCGUUUUAACAGUACAAAUUCUACAAACACCCUCCAUAUCUCCUCAAAAUCAUUUCUACUGCACAUUCCCCAUCUUACCUUAAUAGCACAUGUUAAUUUAUCAUUAAUAGCUGUAUCCCACACCUCUUUAUGUCAUCCUUCCAUUUUAUAUUCACCUUGCCCCUUCCACUUCCUAGCUAUAAUAACUCACGCAGCUGCCAAUAAAAUUGUGAGCAAGUCCUUCAUAGCCUGUGAACCUUCCACCACAUCGUAAAUUGAUAAUAAUGCUACCACUGGACUUUCGAUCAGCUUCAACUGAGUGAUUUCUGUUAUCUCCUUAAACACCCUUUGCCAAAAAAAAAAAAAAGAAGUACAUAUUUACACCCCCACCACAUGUGAACCAUAAGUCCCGGUUUUCUGGCAUCCCCGCCAACAUAACACCAAAUAUUCCUAGUAUUUAUUCUUUAAGUCAAGACAGCAAUCCAGAACACCAUUCAGUUGCUUAAAACCCUAUUGAAGUUAAAGGGAGGGGAGAUUGUGGCAGGUGGAUAAUUCUAACUAAUUUAAUAUUUAGCCAGACUGCAUUCAGGGGCUUUAUUCAGCAAAUAUUGCUCUCGUCAGGUUAGAUUCAAGCCAUUCCCCAUUUCAUUCAAGCCAUCCAUUUCCUCUGAGGCACAGAUAACAGGUGCCACAGCCCAGUUCUUUGACUUCCUUUGUGUCACUGGAGACAACUUAGCUUUCUUUUCCUUGCCCUCUCUAGCUUUCCAUCCGAAGGUACACAGACGGUGCUGAGCCCCAUGGUGACCUGUGGCCCCACCGGGCUGCUCUUAUGCCGCCCUGUCAUCCUCACCGUCCCCCACUGUGCAGAAGUCAGCUCCCCAGACUGGAUGCUGCAACUGAAAACCCAGUCCCACCAAGGAAACUGGGAGGUAAGACAUAAUGAUUUGGGAACAGAAUCAGCUGUUCCAUUGGUGAAGGCACCGCAUGCAAUCUGUGGGUCAAGCCACUUACUUAAAAAUGUAUGGUUAUUUAUCAGUUAUAAAGCAUUUUAAGGUAAGGAGAUAGAUAGGUUUCUGUUGGUUUUUUUCUCGUCCACCCCUCCCUCCCCACACAACUCUAUAACAUCUCCUGUCAAUCAGUCUCUGCUGAUAAGAAACCCCAUUGAAGAGGAGGUUAAGGGGUGAUAUGAUAGCCAUGUUCAAAUAUAUAAAAGGAUGUCACAUAGAGGAGGGAGAAAGGUUGUUUUCUGCUGCUCCAGAGAAGCAGACACGGAGCAAUGGAUCCAAACUACAAGAAAGAAGAUUCCACCUAAACAUUAGGAAGAACUUCCUGACAGUAAGAGCUGUUCGACAGUGGAAUUUGCUGCCAAGGAGCGUGGUGGAGUCUCCUUCUUUGGAGGUCUUUAAGCAGAGGCUUGACAACCAUAUGUCAGGAGUGCUCUGAUGGUGUUUCCUGCUUGGCAGGGGGUUGGACUCGAUGGCCCUUGUGGUCUCUUCCAACUCUAUGAUUCUAUGAUUCUAUGCUCAAAAUGAUGAUAGAGAAACCCCUUUUAAACACGUAUUGCUAGAAUCAUGAGAUCUAGGAAGUUUACAACGCAGAAGUGAAAAGUCAGGAUAGCAGCAUUUUUAAAGUCGAUAAAAAGCUAAUGUAUGCCAGUGCAGCACCAGAUUUAUGCAAGGCAGGUGAGACCUUGCAGGUAUUGCAUUGCUGCCCUCCUGGAAGUAUUAUAAAUCAGGGUUGUGUGUAUGUGAUGGCAGUUCUGCUGAAAACCUGCAGCCUGGAAUGUUGUACCAGCCACAGAAUUCAACUCGCCUAGAAUCACAGCUUUCACACAAAAAAUAAAAAUAAAUGCUAACCCUUAUGGUUGGGAAGAUAUACUUGAAAAUAUGGGGAAAGGGCCUGAUGAACUCACAUGAGCAAUAGAUUUCCAGUCGUCAAGAGAGCAUGACUUUAGUGCCCUAUGUAACUCUUCACCUCCUUGCCAUGAGUGACAAUGGCAGAAUAAAUUGGGCAAAAUUAUUUCAGAAAAUGUUAAACAAUGUUAAAAGUUGCAGAACAGAUUGUGCAAAAAAAUGAAGAGCCAUAAACAAUCUUGCUUAAUGGCAUAGUUUAUGCAAGCUGCAGGAUUCAGUUUUCUUGAAUUUCAGAAUUUAGGUGACCAUACUGUAGUUUUACUUCUUGUUAAACAGAGCACCCUCAACCCUGGUGCUGGUAAACAGAGAGACAUAUCUAUUGAAUAAUAAUUUCAGCUUGGUUCAUGUGCACCAGCAGCAAGAAAGUCACUGUCUUUUGAUCCAAAACAGUGUUGACUGCCCAAUGGGAUUUCUUUCUUUUUUAUGCAAAUGAUUUGGGGACUUUUGCUAUUUAAAAUUUUGACAACUUGUAUUUCUGAAUUUUUUUUGUUUAACUUACUCUUGGAUAGUUUUUGUUUUUCUGAGUUACGUUGCAAUGGACAUUGAAUACAGACAAUAAAAAUCUGACAUGCUAACCAACUGGCCUCCAGCCAAUGGAAGUAGGUACCAGGAAGAAAUUUACUUCUGUUUUUUGCUCUGCCCACCCCUUUCUUCUCCUUUAGGAAGUUGUAACUCUGGAUGAAGAGACUUUAAACACGCCCUGCUACUGCCAGUUGGAACCUAAGUGCUGCCAUGUUCUGCUAGACCAGCUUGGGACAUACGUCCUCGUGGGAGAGUCCUACUCCCGGUCGGCCAUCAAGAGACUCCAGCUCGCCAUCUUUGCCCCCACCCUUUGUACUUCGCUGGAAUACAAUGUCAAAGUAUACUGCCUGGAAGACACACCGGAUGCCCUGAAGGUAACAUUGCUCAGUUUGCCCCUCUUGAAUUUCUUUGCACUUGACUUGCACGCCUCCUCCUUUCUGGCUGCUUAAUUAAACCAUUCAUCAGGCAGAUAAGUUUUUUUUUCUGAUGGGAAAACUUUCCAUUCUGAAUAGUCUCUGUGAUCCCAGUAGCUAACUUAAAAAUUCGGCGGGAUUCUUGUAGGGUUGAAAUGGAAUAUGUCCGUUUCAUUUCUCUCGGUUUCUCAUUUCAGUUUUAUUUAUUUGAAUGGUAAACUGCCCUGUGAUCCUCGGACGAAGGGCAGCAUAGAAAUUUCAUAAAUAAAUCAAUUUUACCAAUCUUAAAUUCAGUUCUCCGCAUUUCUCUAGCAGUGUGAAUUUCUCCUUAUAAGCACAUUUUUAUAUACACUCUUUUUUUGGAAGCCAUUUCCCCUAAUGUAAUGCAUCUUUGUAUGCCAAUUUUUAUUAAUAUGUUCAUUUUUAUGCAUGCUUUCUCUUAACAUGUGCAUUUUUAUAAACAUCAUUUGGCUGGAGAAGUGCAGCACAGAACUCGGUUAAGUGCAAAUCUUGAAGAAAGCCUGCAUUUCAGUUCAUAUAUUAUUUUGGGAGGUGCAAAUUUGAUAGGUUUGAAUGCAAACUGCAUCUGACUUUAGAUUGCACUCCACGGCCCCAAUAAGAAAAUCUCCCAGGCGUUUUCCUUCAUGACACUGAAUGUUGAUUCACUCAUCCUAACAUUCACAGUGAUCACUCCACUUUAGCUGAGACUUUGGCAUAGACUUACUAAAAAAAAAAAAAUCAUGUUUCAUUGUUGUUGUUGUUGUUGUUGUUGUUGUUGUUGUUGUUGUUAUUUCUGCUAAAUUUACUACCUGCCAUUCACCAGCAGGUCCCAGGGUGAAUUACAGCAAUUUAAUUUUCAGAAAUUAAAACCAAUUACAACCAACUGCAUUCAAAGGAAUAGGCUACUGAGGGUCAUACAUGAGGCAGCGAUGCAAUCAGCACCAUUUUUUUUAUAUAGUCUUUGCUUCAGCAAAGACAAGGUGACCUGUGGCCAAUUAAGCAUCAAUUGCCCUGGCUACACCCAUCAUGUUUCUAGUAUGCUCCAGAGUUGUCAACAACAAAGGGUUCCUAGAAGCACUUUUCUCCUUUGGCACGUCUAAGGGUGAAAUCACCACUCGAUGACAGUAAUGCAGUUAGGUGGCGCCUUGCAUAAGUGAAAUAGCCAUCACCAAAUAAGUAUUGUAGACCAGGCUUCCAUAGCUCUUUGAGAGCAGUAUUUUUCACUGAGGGCUGUUAAGGCAUCCAUCUGCAAGCCAUUAAGUGAUAUACAUACACGUCUGAACCACCCUUGUUUCUUGAAAUUCCCUGGAAUGAUGGUAGUAGCCGUAGCUCAAUGGUAGGUGCAUGCUUUUCGAGCAGAAGGUCCCAGAUGUCUCCAGGCAGAGCUUGGAGAGAUCACUCUCUGAAACCUUAGAGAUUUGCUGCUCGUCAGGGCAUACAGUACUGAGCUAGAUUAAAUUAGUGGUUUGAUUCAUAUACGGCAGUUUCCUAUUUUAUAUUUUACGCCUAGAUUUGCUCUGAACAUCCUACGGUACCUUUAAAAAAAGCUGUCAUAGACAUUAAACUAAGUUCACAAUAAAAGUGUGCUCAUCUUUAAUUCUCUGUUGGAAUUCUUUGCUGCGGCAGACUAAAGCCUUAUUCAUUUGAUUUCUCUGUGCUGACUAUACACUUGGGGACAUGCAACUGAACAUGUGAACUGUCUCCACUCAGAAGCGUUGCGUUUGAGGUGGUGUGAAAAUUCUUUGCUUUGGUACUAUAGUAUCAUCCUUGCAUUCAAGUCAUCACUAGGGCAUUGAGGAACCAGACCUAACAUGACCUACCUUUUUGGAAUCUGCACCUCUUAAGUGUCUAGGAAUAAAACUUCAGCUAACAGAAAUGUCAGCCUCUUUGUUUUCCUGCUCUGGGACUAUGCCUGGGGCCAUACCUCAGAGAGGGUAGGAAAAACUGAACAGAAGUUGCAUGUUCACCACUACUUGUCCGACUUCCCCAUUUGUUGUUACUUUGGACUGCUGCUGCCCAAAACGGCCAUGCUGGCAGUCAAAGGAGUGUGCGAUGCAACCUGGAAAAGGGUUGCUCUGGGGAGCAAAACUGCCUGAUGCAAUGCCAUGAAAAGUGACCUGCAGUUUGGUUUCAGUAAUAGGUUCCCUUAACCCAUUCCUCAGAGACCAGCCUCCUUGCUUUAAAUGGAGGUCCCCAGAGGGAAAGGAAGGGUGUCUCAAGGAGACUGUUCUAUGCCCUGUUUUGAAGAUAAAACACAAGGGCUUCCCCCCGCCCCCUACAAUUGCUGCUAUGGCAAAUGAUCUCUCUGCAGUCUUAGACACUGAACACAGUGGGGCUUACUUCCAAGGAAGCCUUCAUGUUAGCAUGCUGUGCACAUUCAGAGCCCUCCUCACCCACACAACCAGACAGGGGUGUGCAAUAUGCUCACACUCCCCAUUAUGAUUGGCAGGCAGUACAAAGCCUGCAGAUUGGCCUGUCCGGUGUAGGUACUAGGAUCUGGGCCUUUGGCCUUCACUUGCUCAUCAGGACAGCAUCUGUGGGUUCAGGCGUGGCAUUGCCUGGCUCUGACAGUGGGUUAGAAAUUCUACAGGCCUUAGAGGCUUACCCAUUAUUUUUCAUAUGCAAGCUUGUCUUGCAAUCAGAGUUAAAAUAUGAGGGAUUAAAGACCCACUGGAAAACUGCCUGCUUGCUCUCAAUCUGAAAAAUAUCUAUUUUUCAGGUUAUUUCCAAAGCCUAUCAAUAAUAGUAGCGCUGCUUUGCAUGACUAAUGAAAGCGACCCAUCAUUCUUAAUGAAGUAUAAAUCUCCAUCUGCCCUCAUCCUACAAGAGUGAUUAGUUCCAGUGAUCAAGCUGGUGUUUCCGAUCUUGCCGCAUUGUGUGUUUUUAACCUUGAUGUCAUGGUUGGUGUCUAGCUUCUCUUCAUACACUGAAAGAGCCAGAAGAGGACUCUAGAAAUCAGCUUUUUGAGGUUUUGAUUUAGGAUAUGACCAGUGAAUCAUAGGGAAGAAGACUCUGCGUUUCUGCUUCUCACAUUGUCAUGUUUAUUGUCAGGGUGGUGCAGGAAGUAGAGGGUUGCUGUUUUCCCCCAAGAUGUCAUUGUGAGGGCUGAAAGGAUUGUUGAGCUGGUUUGUCUGCUGAAAUACUGGAUCGCUGCAGAAAACUAUACAGGGGGGAAAUACUGGAAUUCCAAAACGGAGAUGAGUAUAUGACUUAAGUCAAAAGAGUAUGAGUUUCCAGAUGGGAUUUUUUUUCUGGUUGAUUGGCUUGAAUUAUAGCACCAAUCAGUCGCAACCUGUUACGGCACUAGUCAAAGGAAUAGCGGUACAUUGGGUUGAAUCAAUGUUACAUCUAAUUCCAACUGACAGUGUCUAGAGGGAUGCAGAGGAGAUGUUCACAAGGAAAGCACAAGGUGCUUCCAGGCACCCAAGCCCAGAUGCUGGCAAAGUCCAGCUCCCAUGGCCAGAAAGAUACAUCUGGGGUUGUGCCACAAAUGACCAGUAAACUGCAUUAGACCUAUGAGUGUCAGGGAAUCCAGUGCUUGAGCCACCACCAGCAAGCAGCCUGGAAACAUAGAGAACCUAGUCGCUUCCUUUCAGAAUGAGUUGCCUGUGCUAUUUAUUAUUGCAGCUUAAAGUGCCUGUGAUAUUUUCUCCCCUUCAUGUCAAGCAGCCCUGGUGGCAGUGAUGGUGGUAAAGGUAAAUGUGAUAAAGGAAGAGAUACAGUGUCUGACCAGGAGCAAUUCUGCUUCAGGAGCUGCUGUGCAAAAUAGAGACUUAUCAGUGCCCCAUCUGGCAGCAUAUGACAAUCUGGGAGCAUAGGAGAUGCUUGCUGGUUAAAUUGCCAUCAUUUGUCCUUGGGCCUCACAUCUGUCCUUCCUCUCCUCCCCUCCCCUCUUGUCUCACAGGAAGUACUUGAAUUAGAAAGGACUCUUGGUGGCUACCUGUUGGAAGAGCCCAAGCCCCUGCUGUUUAAGGACAGUUAUCACAACUUGCGCCUCUCCAUCCAUGAUAUCCCUCAUUCACUUUGGAGGAGCAAACUCCUGGCCAAGUACCAGGUGAGUGGCUGGGUUGCCAGCAUACCAACAACCGAGGGAGUGCCUCGAUGAGACCACCAGCAAAACUGCUUUUGUUCAUAACUGUUCUCUUCCAGAAUAUUUCAUCUGCAGAUUUAUUCUUGGUGAAAUGGUACCACAAGAGAAUUAUGUCACUGGCUUUUGGGGAAGAUACAUUUCAUAUACCUUAGAAAGACUUUGUGACUGCUCUGUCCUCUCCCACAUCCUUACUUCAUGAUUUCCACCAGAAGGUUGGGCGUCCUUUCAUUUCUCCAGUCUCCUGUGGUACCCAUCUCAUGCAGGUGUGAGACCCAAAUUAUCCUAUGAAUGGAAGACCCUAAAUGGGCCCAUCCCUGGGUGCACUGUGCUUAGGAGUCCUACAAAAGAUAUGAAUAGCACCUAUAGACCACAGUGCCUUCCACACACAGACACACAAAAACAUCUCAGCCAGACCUCUUUGCAUAAACACGCACACAUCAUUGUAACUAAGCAACAAUGCUUUCCAGAACAGGCCUGAACAUCUUAAGAGAAUAGGAAGACUCCUGCUGUGCCGGACCAAAAGUCAUGCUUCCAUGAAACCCACAAGCAGGACUUGAAGGCUGUAACUUAAGAACCAUCGAGCCAAACAAAUACAGCCCACCAGGAGCGCCUUAAUCCAUUUUCUCCCCACCAGCCUGGAACUGGUUUGUUGAUGCAUCAGUGCUUUGUUGAGGAGCUGGCUGGUGGGCUGCGUUUCACUUGAAGGACCAAAAGGCAUGCAGACCUGUUCUGGUUGUGUAGACUUGUUCCAUUGCCACAGUGACCAACUGGCACAUUUCCUUUUUUAAAAAAUAAUUUUUAUUAACCGGCCAAUCAAAUCAAAUUAAAUCACAUCACAUAAAUUCCAAAUUACAAAGCCGAAUUUUAAAUUUUGUUGUUGAGGGGACCCAUAUUUCAAGAUCCGAAGGGGGAUUCUGAUCAUCUUCUUGCUACUGCUUUAAUGUCCAAAUCAGUCCAAAUCAGUCCAAACAGAGUUCAUAAUUCUAUCCAGUCUUACCUUGCUGUUUCCCCAUCACAUCUUGUUCAUAUAUUUUCUCUUUUUUCUUUAUGAUCUCUUCUGAUAGUCUCCUUAAGCCGAUAAACACCAAUAAUAAUCCUGUGUGAAUUUUUCCGUUCUUCCAAUCCUCAAAUCGAGAUGGUUUCCAUAUAUCAUCGCCUUCAUAGAUAACACAUUUCCAGUGUGAUGGCAUCCCAGUGUGCUGACAUGUCAUUAUUAUUAUUAUUAUUUAUUAAUAAUUUAUUGUUAUUACUAUUUGCUGCAGGAAAUCCCCUUCUAUCAUAUCUGGAGUGGCAGCCAGCGGGCACUUCACUGCACCUUCACUCUGGAGAGACACAGCCCAGCUUCCACAGAACUUACCUGCAAGAUUUGUGUCCGGCAAGUGGAAGGAGAAGGGCAGAUAUUUCAGCUGCACAUUACCCUUGGAGAGGUGAGCCAAGGGGAUCCAGGCUGCAGAAGCAAGCAGGCUGUGUGGUUGGUUGGUAGAAGACAAGUGGAGCAGAAUAAAAUUUAACAGGAAUCCCAGUGGCCUGUCUGAGCUAUUGGCUAGAAUUAACUGGCAAAAUCUUCCCUGACACACAUUGUGAGCCAUUGCUCACUCCUAGAACUUGCUAAAGAAGGCCACAUUCUUCUUGCCUGCUUUCUCUGACAUGGAUGUGGCACUGUAGUCUGCAGGAAUAUGUAGAGCAGAACCUAUUAUCUCACACAUUUUAAAUUUCCUACCCAGGAAAAUGCAACCUUCCUUCCACUUGUGAGGAAGCCAUAUGGCAUCCGCUGCUUAUGGAACAUUCAUUUUGAUUUGUUUGCAGGGAGGUUAUACAGUGUUGCAUCAAGCAGUCGUUAUUCCAUUUUCCCAUCACUUCCCUUACUACAGAAAGUUCAGUUGUGGGGAGGGGGUCUUUUGCACAAGAGAACAAGACUGCCGAUACUAUUUUAAUUGCACAGUGUGAUUUUGCCACUGAAUCCCAGCCACAAAAUAACAACAGUCUGCAAACAACCUAAUUCUUCUGUCCUGGUUACAUGCUCUGACCCUCCAAUACCCUCUAUUGUUCAAGCAUGCAUGUUGAUAUCCGAAGGGUGAUUUUUCUCUGGGUUCAGUGAAGCAGAAGAAUGUGAUGCCACUAUGCAAGUCAGUGAUACAUAUUUUAAAGGCAUGAUAUUUACCCUUCUCUUUCCCAUUGUUUCUAUUUCUGACCAUCCAUGCAUGCCAGGUUGCCUAAUUAUCUGUAUGUUGUAUAUUUGCCAUUUUGUUACAUCACAUUGGGGAGGGGAAUUGGGCCCUAAAAGGCAGCUUAUAACUUAUUUGCUUAAUUAGUAAAAAAAAAAUUGCCUCUAAAUCUGACAGAUGCCAGUGAGCCUACGCCCUUUUUUGUUUUCCAGAACUCCAACUCCUUUGAUGCCUUGCGUUCCUAUCCUGGCAGUGCCCUGACGACUCAGCUGGGGCCGUAUGCCUUCAAGAUCCCUCUGUCGAUACGACAGAAAAUCUGCAACAGCCUUGAUGCCCCCAACUCCAGAGGAAACGACUGGCGGCUCCUUGCUCAGAAACUUUCCAUGGACCGGUGGGUUUUGUUUCAGCACUUUGCCGUCAGCCAUCCUUGCAGGAAACACAAGAGCCAAAGGAGCUGCUUGUUUGCACUUAUUUAAUUCUAUAUUCUGAUAUCUGUGGGCUGCCUCUUGGAUCAAAAUCCUUGCUCAAGACAAUGAAUAGUGCAAUACACUAGAAGAGAGAGGGAAAACCUCAUAAAACAGCAAACAUAAAUAACAUUAAACAUUAACUAUCAGCCAAACUCUCCCUGUAUCGAAUAUCUGUAAGAAGGGGAACAUUUUUACUGCCCUACUAAAAAUAUAGGGGAUGCGGGUGGUUCUGUGGUCUAAACCACAGAGCCUAAGGUUUGCCAAUCAGAAGGUCGGUGGUUUGAAUCCCCGCGACGGGGUGAGCUCCCGUUGUUCGGUCCCUGCUCCUGCCCACCUAGCAGUUCGAAAGCAUGUCAAAGUGCAAGUAGAUAAAUAGGUACCGCUCUGGCAGGAAGAUAAACAGCAUUUCCGUGCAUUGCUCUGGUUCACCAGAAGUGACUUAGUCAUGCUGGCCACAUGACCCGGAAGCUGUCUGCGUACAAACCCCAGCUCCCUCGGCCUAUAGAGCAAGAUGAGCACGCAAACCCGCAACUGGACCUAAUGGUCAGGGGUACCUUUACUUUUUACUAAAAAUAUAGAAGAGUUUUCCAGCAGGCAGGAUAGAAGAACAUAAGAAGGGCCCGCUAGAUCGGGCCAAUGGCCCAUCUAGCAUCCUGUUCUCACAGCGGCCAACCAGAUGCCUGAGAGAAAACAGCAAGCACAGGAGCAACUCUCCCCUGCUGUGGUUUCCAGCAACUAGUAUUCAGAAACAUUGCUGUCUCUAGCUGGGGAGGCAGAGCCCAGCCACUCUCUUAGGAAAGCCACCCAGGUUGAUUCACUCAUUUGUCUUCAGGCCCAGGUGCUCAGAGCAGAAAUAAAAUAAAAUAGAACUUGCUAUGUGCCCAAACAGUUGGGUGCCUUGCCAGUUCCCAAAUGACUGGUGUCUGCUGGUGUUCUAAGCAGUUGCUGAAACAUUGUCAUGGAUGUAUAUUUCAUUCAAACAGUGAAAAGGGUGCCAGUUGGAGGUUCCCCAGAAUAAGAUGUAGGAGCUGGGAAGCCACUGCCAAGCCAAGGGCUUCUAUACCAUGUAGCCUAGGUAAGGCACUUGGCUUCACCCUGGUCACUGUGAGCAGUAAGUUCCAUACUGCUGCAACUUAGAGAAUCCAUUUUCUGUUAAAGCAGCAGCCUUCAUUUGCUGAGCGACUUUCCUGCGGAGACUUUGUCAGUGUCAUUGGCCUUGGUUUAAAGAUAUCGGGGGCCCUUGGGGUACCAUCCCAGAAAAGGUCAAAGAAACUAGGUCAGCAAAAACCCUGAGCUCCUCUGUGUCAGUAAAAAUUUGCAGCAGAUCUAUUUUCCCCCACCCUGCUGACUCCUGGUUUCCUCGUGUAUAUUCCAGGCUCCUCUAAAAGUUUGUCUUUUCUUUUUAUUUAAAAAAAGUGUUGUGCCUAAUUUUAGAAUCACAGAAUCAUAGAGUUGGAAGGGACAGGGUUCCCCCCCCCCCCGCCACAUGAGGCUUGAAUCCACAACCCUGACAUUAAGAGUCUCAUCCUCUACCAACUGAGCUAUCCACUCAGAAAGAAGUACAUAAUAUCCCUCCUUCAGCAGUGUUCUGGCCAGUGUCCUUAGGUGAAUGACAAUCAUGCCGUGCUCUACCUUGCUCCAAAGAGCUUUUUAAAAGUGUGAGUUUACAUGUUAUGUUUUAGACUUGGUAGGAGCUGCUUCACCAAAAUCAGGCACUUCAUCUCUGUUUCCCCCUCAAGUCCUGUUCUGAAUUUGUGUCGUCGUCCUUCCACUGGUCAUACGCAGUCAUCAUUAAAGGCCUAGCCCUUAGUUCAGGGAUGGGGACCUGUGGCUCUCUAGAUGCUGAUGGACUGCUGGCUGGAGCUAAUGGGAAUCCCAACAUCCCUGCCUUAUGUGCUCUCAUGGGAUCUGUAAUCUCACGUGUGGGAAUACAUCAACAAGUUUUAUUAUGAGCCCCGUGAUAUCACAGAGAUCUAAUGGGAAAACACUGACGCCAACCAUCUCUCUCCCUCUCUUUCCCUCUCUCAUUUGUUUUCUUUCCUGCACAGGUAUCUGAAUUUCUUUGCCGCCAAAGCCAGCCCAACAGGAGUCAUCCUGGACUUAUGGGAAGCCCAGCACCAAGAUGAUGGGGAUCUUAAUACUCUGGCCAGUGCCUUGGAAGAGAUGGGCAAGAGCGAGAUGCUGGUUGUCAUGGCAACAGAGGGGGACUGCUGAUGCAGCUCUCGAGAAGACUUCUGGCAAUGGCCGAGCGGAAGGUGGAGUGAGAGAGGGAGAGAAAAUGGCGGGAGCAGCCCUUUUGGGAACUGAUGGGGAAAGGGCCGCAAGGAAGAAGCAGAGCCGUAGCGUAACUCUGAAGAGAUUGGAAUGGGGUUCCUUCUCCCUUCUCGCACUCCUCCCUCCUCAAAUCACAAUCAGCCUUAGAGAUCCAUAUUGCGCAGUUUACAAGCAAUCCAAGUGUUAAAGACUCCUUUCCUCCUUCUCCUCAAAGCCUUUGAACCGGGGCACAAAAGCAGUGUAUCAUUGCUCCGUGACCGCAGCCUGUGGCAGUUGUGGUCUCCUCAGCUUCUGCUGCCUCGUGUGGCUUCUGAGGGCUGCUAAGAAUCUGGGUUGGGGUUGUCUUGUUUUGUUUUUCUUUUCCUGUCCUCUUCCCAUUCCCUGCCUUGUUCUCCCUUUAUUUCUUCUUUGCUGGCAAUUUAUGCUUUGAAGAGUCGAGUACAAUCUAGAAAAGACUGCUUACUCCUGUCAAAAGCUUCAAACAGCUUUAAGACACAUUUAAAAAAUGGAAAAGGAAAAAAAAGGAAAACAGUUUCUUAGGAAACGCAAGUAAUUUAUUAUCCAGAUCUUUGGAUGCAUCCUUUUUAAAAAUUCAAUAAGAAUCUUUCAUGUAUGUGAGAGCAAGAGUAUCAUGACACUCAGAGAAAGGGAGAGGGAGAGAGAAAACACAAUGAUGUUUUAGUGAAAAUUAAACAAUAUCAAUUUAUGUGGUAACCUAUGAAAUUUGAUCAGGUAGGAUUGAUCAUUUGACCUGAGCCUCAUAUGUGUCUUAAAGGGAAAACUUUUUCUUCUCUUUAACAUUUUGCUUGCAUCUCUUUCUCUGACUAUAGCAGAAUGAAUGGGAAUAAGUCUGAAAAUUCACUCACAGGAGAACUAACCUGUUUCUGGAAAAGAAGCUGAGAGAAAUUUCUUGGGGAGCUUUCUUGACAGACCAAUACAAACCCUUCACACUCUUUCCAGCCCACCUCAGAAUCUGGUGAAGUGCCCACAUAUGCCUGACCAAAUAUCCACUGGUGUUUGCUUCUGGUCUUGUCUCAGUUGUGUUUGGAGCCAUUCUUGCUUUGCUUAACCUACUUGUCCUUGUGUGGGCCAUUUCAGUAGAAUGAAGUCCAGUUAGUCAAGGAACAAGUCUCAGGCCAGAAUCAAGAUAGCUCCAUUGAGGAAUGUGUAAAAGGUUUUCUUGUGCUCAGAAUGACUUUUGGCCAAGGGGGGGGGGGGGUUUGGGUUGAGACAAGGACUCUUGCUAUGCUAUGCAGCCCAGGAAGCUGGAGUUCAAAAAUCCCAACUGAGAUGGUGAAGGCUUAGCAAUCAAGGGUGUGUUCAGUCUGUCACUAAUUUUGGGUGGGAUUCCACCUCAAAAUGCCAUAUCCAGGUCAUGAAAUAAUAGAAUCAUAGAAUCGUAGAGUUGGAAGGGACCCCAAGGGUUAUCUAGCCUGCAGUGCAGGAAUCUCUGCUUAAUAACCUCCAAGAAAGGAGAGUCCACCAUCUUUCAAGGGAGUCCGCUCCACUGUCAAACAGCUCUUAGUGCGCACGGGCACUUCCUUGGGGAAUGUCAGCCAAUGUUCUCAUAUGCCCCAGAACAUUCCUCAGACAACUUGUGCGCUCUGAACCUGUUCCUAAUAGGAGGCACCUUAUUUCCAGGUUUCUUCGUAGGAAAGAUAGUAUCUGUUUAAGGUAGUACAGUGGUAACUCGGGUUACAUACGCUUCAGGUUACAGACUCCGCUAACCCAGAAAUAAUACCUCGGGUUAAGAACUUUGCUUCAGGAUGAGAACAGAAAUCGUGCUUCGGCGGCGCGGCAGCAGCAGGAGGCCCAAUUAGCUAAAGUGGUGCUUCAGGUUAAGAACAGUUUCAGGUUAAGAACGGACCUCUGGAAUGAAUUAAGUACGUAACUAGAGGUACCACUGUACUAACUUCCCUGCAGUGUCUGAAUAGGCAUCAAGCAGAUGACACCUGCUAGGUGAGAUGAAUGUGUGCUACUGCUUCCACUCAUGGAUAAAGUUAUCUGCAAGUGUCUGCAUCACAUCCAUUUUGAAUUUUUGAAAGCAUGAGCAAAAGUCCCACUGUUUUUAGUGAUAGGACCAGGACAGCAUCCAGGAUCCAGGACUGAACAAAGAUACGCCUAAUGUGUAGUUCUUCAAGAGAAAUAAGAAAUGUUAAUGGUGACAGUUCAAACUGGAGGAGCAGAAACUUCCCACCAAUUUUGUUUUGAGCUGUGUUUCGAGUCACAUUUUUUUAAAAAAAAAUCUGAGAAAAAUGUUUCAGCCACUACACAGGAGUAUCUCAAAGACCUGGUUUGCAUGCCACAUUCAGCCAUAGUUGAAUGUGAACAAGCCUACACUGCUGAAAUUGUGAGCACUUGGUUCUACCACUGCUGCUGCUACUACCACACAGCCAAGAAACAAGCCACAGUCUGAAUUUUGACAUAGGAACCCAGGAUAAUGGUUUGCUUGCCUCCAAACAAGCCACAAGAGGUACACCAAGAACAAAUCUUGGUUUCUGUCUGGGAUUUGCUAGGAGGAAAACAAACUGUUGUCCCAGGUUUGGAUGAUAUGACAAGCCAGACAGUGGUGAGUUGCUGGCAGUACAGCCAGAGAAGAAGAGCAAAGUGCCAGCAAUUUCAGCGGCAGCCCAUCCGUGUGGGAGAGGGAGGGAGGGAGAUUUGGAAUCUCUGAGCUUGUUAUAGGUGACUCUCAUUCCGGACAGUUUAGCUACAGAAUUCCACAAGGACUCAAAGCUAAUAAUGGGUGGUGUUGUGAUAAUUUUUGUUUCUUUAGGUAAUGCUUUGCAGUGCCUUACCUUUUUCUCUAUAUUGCAGGCAUUCUAUUAGAAGAGAAGUAAAUUACACAACAACAAAAAUGUUAAAUGAGUAUUCGUGAACAAUGCAAAUGGCUCCCUUGUAUGUGAUAGCUUACUGAAAAGAGGAAAGGAUAUUGUUUGAAUAGCCCCAGAUUGAAAUAAGUUAUUAAUAAACUCAGCCACCAGGCGUAAUGAUUAUAAAAAAAACCUUGUUAAAUGUAUGGCAACAAGAUCUUAGGUGGAAAUGCAGCAGAAGUUCAUUUCCUCUUAGCAGGAAAUAUUUUUAAAGAUUUGCAGCUGCUGCGCACACAGUGCCCAGUUCAGGUAGUUCUUCAUACUUUCCUUUCAAUGAGGUUUCUAGCCCUCAUUAUCACAGGAGAAAGCAGCUGGCAGUGUUUGCUAGACGUCUGCAGUGUACUCGGAUAUUAAUUACAACUAAUAGGGAGCAGAUUUUUGAGUUGGCAGUAGGAAUGUAGGUCUCAGUUUCGCCAUUGCUGCCUAUUCUGUUUUGCCAGAUCUUUCCACCAUGAGAAAAUUAGAUUUGGUACAGAACCAAGAUUAAGGGAUACAAACCUUGCAGUAUAAGGGUAGUUCCAGCAGUAAAAUUCUAAUGCAAAUGCACCCGUAUUACCUUACUUUCGUAUAUAUUUAUAUAUGUAUAUAUUUCUAUUUGCAUUGGCCUUUGGUUAUCCGUUAUUCUUCAGGUUGUUGCAAGCACUGUGUAGUUGCAGGGUAUUUUUCUUAUAGUCACUACCUCUUAAAAAGAUUGUCUUCUUCCAUAAAGCAUAGCAUGGCACCAAGAGCAGUACUGCCUCAUCAUGCUGAUCCUUUCAUUCCUAACUCUUCUCCCUUCCCAUGAGGACACGUUCGUAGGCAAUAACUUUAAAGACAUGGCACGACAUAGCAAGUCUUGCACCAGAAGACCCUCGCAAUUACCUCAUUCUCCUUAAACGGUAGCAUGCUCUUGGGGGAAGACAGGUGCUGAAGACAAACAAAAAAUUGAAUGGCACACCUACUCAGGGAGCGGGAACGUGAUUGGAACGUUAUGUCUUUAUGUGGCAGCUUGAUAACCAGUAGUUCAAGGAGGGGGGAGCUGUGAUCCUCCAGAUGUGGCUGAACUCUCAUGGUCCCUGACCUUUGCCUAUCCUGGCACAGAGAGCCCAACAACAUCUGGAAACAGCAGCUUCCCCAUCGCUGCAGUCGUUUCUCAGGAUGCAAUUUUUUAUCUACGUGCCCAAGGAAGGCGCCAAAAGCUAGUUGCUGCCUCGUGUUCCUGUAACAACAGUAAACAUUUCAUACAGGAACCCAGAGACUGCAAAUAGUUUGCAGGCAAUGCCUGCUUAACCAGAAUAUAUAGCCCCAUUGUUUAGAGGUCACUUACAGUGAGAAAACAAAUAGAAUGCUAAACGUGGACUCUUAAUUCAAGAAGACAUUUUUGUUGCUUGGAGCCUGGACAUCUACACAGAAGGCAAAUCCAUGGGGGAGGAUGGUGUGUGUGUGUGUGUGUGUGUGUGUGUGUGUGUGUGUGUGUGUUUUGUUAAGCGCUGCAAACGCAGGGCCUGUUUUCAAGGUGUGAAGUUUUCUUCACUCGUUCUCUUCCUCAGACAAAAAGUCAUUUUCGCUAGCUCUGCAGCCCUAUUCUCUAACCUUUUGGGAUGUUUUGUGAAUUUGUGUCAUUUGUAGGGUUCAGGUGCACAGAACCUCCUAGUCCAAACUAUACGCUUCUUCAAAUUCUUUUACACCAAAGCAACGUUCCUGUUGCAGCUCAGGUCUCUCAAGAGUAUGGUGCAAUCUAUACAAGAUAGAACAUGUCAGUAUUUGGGGGUUUUGAUGGCGCUUCUAGUGACCAUGGAUUUGGAGACCUUGGGUAUCUUUACCUGUACCUGACAAACAUUUUUAAAGGACUAGACCUGCUUGAUGCAGGGUCCGUAACUCUCUCGUCUGUAUAGUUUAUAUACCCAUUGGUAGGGCAUACUUUCUUCUUUUUCACAUCGUAGUUGUCAGGGAUCUCAUAUGCAAUAUACAAAUCUGGAAAAAUAUCCAGAUUUUUGGAACCAAAUGAUGAACUUUCUGAGAAUUGCAUCUUGGGGGGGGGGGUUGUGUUUUUUUUAGAGCGAAGUUAUUAGUGCUUGUUUCCUGUGUGGCAGUAAAAGAAAAGAAAAUCAAUCCUCAAUCAAAAAUAGAUACUGUAAUCAUUUAACCACAAGGUAUUUGGGGAGAGCUGCAGGCAUUGCUUUCCUUCAACAUGGCAUCAGAUGAGAGCACGAUAGGGGUUUUUUUGUAACAUUUUCAGCUAGCUGGAAUAUUAUAUAUUAUAUGACUGAACUGCUUGCUGAUAAAUUUAAUAGAAUAAAUUCAUCCACACAUUCCACUUAUAAAAGUGAGGCCGUAAGGGAGAUUGUAUUAGGAGUUUGUGAGAAAUUUAAAAAGAAGGCUCCAGUCUUUAACCUGAUCUCUUGGUGUACGUCAGGGUGAUUUGUUUAAGAAUUGCAUUUAGUCAAUUAAGUUAAAGGUUCAGGCUGGAAACACAAUUAGACACUUAGGCUUUGAAAUGUUUAGCUAAGUAAGUGAACGUUACUACUUUCUGUAGAAAUAGGCUGAUAAGUUUUAAAAUUACCUGCCUUUAGAUUCCAGGAGCAGAGCAUAUUAAAAGUGCAUGCAUCUCUCUCUGCAUCCCCACCCCCCACCCAAUAUUGCUUCUCAUAUUCUGUUGUUGUCCCUGUUUCAUGUCACGUGGCCACAUGGAAUCUGUGAAGGUUUCUGCCCAUUCACAAUUCUCUCAGUCGCAUAAGCAUAUCCCUGCAGUAAUCCAGAGACCAGUUCAUGUGAGCAGCCCACUUCAUCUAUAUGUCUGAAUGUACCUUAAGACCUUUAACGCAAAUCUGGGGUGAAUGUGCUUAGCUCCUGCUUACUGUGUAUCUUCUGCAAGCUGAUGCGAUCGUGUGGCUGUGGGAUGGGUGGGUGGAGAAGUUGAAGAUAUAUGAAACUCAGUUGUACACAUAGUGAUGUAAAUUCAUGUUGGCACUGACAGGCCUAAGACAUUUUGCCACCUGAGACAAACCACAAAAAGGCAUCCCCCUCCCUGCCAGGGAAGAAGGAGUGAAUGAAGAUCUACAUCAAGAUCUGCUGCCCCUGUGGGUCUUACCGCCUGAGGCAGUCACCUCACAUUGUCUCAUGGGUGGGCCUGCCAUAUAAACUGAGGGAGCUGGUGGGGAGAGAGUGGUCUGUUAAGAGGCCAACCUGCUUUUGUGUGAAUUGGAUACUGGGUGUACAGAUAUGUGCAUUCAGGUGUGUAAGAGAGAGAGAGAAUUCAGAAGUAGAAAUCUGGUAUGGGUGACAGAGAGAGAUCAGUACUAUAUAACAGAUUAGGGAUCCGUGGGUGUGCAAUAGGGAGCAGCGUCAGGAAGUGUGCAGAGUUCACCCUCUUUCUCUUUGCUUCUUGUUCAGAAGAGUGUAUGUUGACCAAGUAGGGAGCCCUUUUGCCUGGAAAGGACCCUCUGCUCACACAAAGGAGAGUUGUGCCUGUCUUUCUCCCUCCCGCACUGUCUCUUAAGGUGCUCUCUGUGGUCACACUGAGCUUUGUGACAUGGGCACCCUAUGCCAUCGUUUGGGUGAAAGCAAACCACGGUUUCCUUUCUCCCCUUAAGAGUGUCCUUCAUUCUCUUGCUCUCCAUUCUGUUUUCAUAUUUAUACGUCCAGGUGGGGGGUUUUUUUGGUGGGGGGAGGGGUCCGGAAGCAUCCUCAAAACACGUGUCUGUUUAUUCUGUAAACUAAGAACUGUAAAUAAGGUUUAGCAUUCCUAUUGUAACAAAUUAAUUUUUAUGCAAUAAAUUAUAUUUCCUAGUCUAAUAAAAAGUUUAAAAUUA